GAGAAAUUGAAGAAAUCAUGCCAUCCGUGCGCCGCCGUAGAUCACACACUUCCCCUCGGCUGAUGGAAUUAUCAAUGGUCUUUACCCAUCACAGUGACUUCAUUGGCACAAUUUCGUAAAUCGGAGGUUUAACGGUUUGUAUUUUGCGUUGUUAUUUUUAUAAUAUCAUCAAAACAACCUUUCAGCUGUGUUUCUGUGCAGCAUGGUUUGUUUAUCACCUGAUGUCAUGUGUUUUCUUUGUUUUUCUUCUUCAGUCCCACAAUGUCCGCUUCUGACAACGAUUCAGAUGUCAGUGAAGAGGGAAUUUUGUUAAAGAUUGAACCUAAAGGUUCUAGAGACUGCAGCGUAAGUACAAGUGCUUCAAACGGAUGUAUCUUAUAUUUUUUUAGCGAGCGGCAUGCACGAGAGCGCAAUUCGACCUUGGGAUUUCACAUGAUGAACAGGCAGUUUUAGUGCUUAUGCAAAGAUGACCGCUUUUAAAGAUGUGCCUAUUUUCAAGAUUUUUCCAAGUGGUGCUUGCACGACUUCUCAGAGUCUCAUAGCCUGGAUAUGCAUAUGCAUCUAAAAUUUACGGGCGGCAAAGCGCCGGGGCAAACUUGUUGUUUGCCGUUACGUCAACACUCUGCUUUGAUAGAAAGCUGCACCAUGCAUUUUAACAUCUUUAUGCCAAAUAGGCGUGGGUCAUUACUCUUUUAGGAACUCAGUGGAUAAUAACAGUGAAUUUAACGCUAUAAAUCUAGCUUUUAGACAAAUUUCCAAGUUAACUUUCGUAAAUCGCCUUGUUUACACGUCGAGACUAAACGGACAAGCCGGCGAGGGAGGAGUCAAGACAAUGACGCUGGGGGUGUGUUGGGGGAGGGAUUGUGAAAUACUCUACCUUUUCACAGGAUGAAAGCUCGAUGCGCUGUCGAUCGUCCAGUAACUCUUUAAGAUUGAAGAACACAGAUCCGUGCACCACCUCAGAUAUACAUGUGUGUAAUGUCACUUCAGACGAAUUUUCCCUCUUCCAAUUUAUUUAUAUUCCUAAGAGCCUCACCAUGGUCAUAAUUCACGCUUCAUGGUUGCAAGUUUAGUGUCAAAAUGCACGUCACCUAUAUUGCUAUACCUAAUACACAAUUAAAAUAUCGUACACUAACUUUUUUAUACAAUGUACACUAGAAUGCCUUGAGUAAUUUCUUGAUUCAAAGUUUCUUAUCUCGAGCAUUGUAAGGAAGAAACUGCACAUUGUAGUUAAAUUGAUGAAAACACUCAGGAAGUAGAACUCUUGUUCAUUAUUUGUGGUUAGACACCUAUGACUUCAUACUGACCGAAUGUAGGCAUAGUUUUUUUCCUGUUAUUGACAUGAUGAUAAAUAUAUGAAAUAAAUGUUUUCUGGAUGCUUGGGAAAGUUGUCUACAAUGGUAAUGUAUAUACAAAUAUUUCCAAGCUAGUAAUAAUUUAUUUUGUACAAUCCUGGACUAAUGUACAGUUUGUUCUAUAUUAUGUUACCUAGACGAAAGAAAGCACAAUAAGCAUGUUCUUUUAAUAUAAUACUUAAAAAGUCUGGUAAACUUAGCUAGCCAUCCUUCCAGAAACAUUGAGAUAAAUACCUACUGCACAUGUUUAUCUUGUCUACACAAACGUCCUUCCUAACUGAAACUUAAUUAAUUUUCCUUUGGCUCAAUUGUCAGUUAAUUUUAACCCCAAACAAACCCCUGUUAAAAUCAAACUGUUUGUAUUUCCUUCUGCCACCUUUGGCGUUUGAGAUAGUGAGGUAUUAUGGUAGUACAAGUAAUAUUCAAAUUCUAGCUCUGUAGUUUUUUUAGAACUUCCAUUGUACUUUGUAUUGUAGGUUGCAACACCUGCUGAAUUUGUUAAAAGAUUUGGGGGGAAAAGAGUCAUAGAAAAAGUUUUAAUAGCCAACAAUGGUAUCGCUGCAGUGAAAUGCAUGAGGUCUGUGCGACGUUGGGCAUAUGAAUUAUUUGGCAAUGAGAGAGCUAUACGGUUUGUGGCUAUGGUCACCCCAGAGGACCUUAAGGUAAAUGUUUAAACACAGUAAAGCCUAGUAUAGUGCUUAUGGCUGGUUGCCCUCCAAAAACAUCCAUGUAACAGGCUUUAAAGUAAUGAAAAUACUGACAUGCCAGGUGUCAUGAACAACAACUGGAAGUUUUUUGGCUUACUUGGUGUUGACUGUUUGACACUUUCUUUCGCUUUUCGGGACAAUGAUUUGGAGUUAGAUCUCCAAGAGGGAAACCUUUAAUAAAAUCCUGAGUUGCAUUUCAUGGUAUCUAUAGCUGUAGGAUGACAGACCUUAUGAGGUCUAUAAUCCCUCUACCUGCGAUCCUUCUAAUGUUUUACCACCAGGUUUUUCAGACAUGCUUGCUUGCAUGACUGAAGAUAAAGGAAAUGUGGAAUUUGGUUCACAUUUCAGAAUGUAAGCAAGGGUGCUAUCUAAACAUCUGCACAUGAAAAACCCCUUUUUCUUAAAAUGUAUUUAAGGGAAACAGGCUGAAAAUGGAAAAGGUAAUCCUGGUAUUUGUCAUAAAGGAUCAGUGCUUUAAAGUCUGUUCCUAUAACAGUCAAGGAGAAUCUUUUAAACAAGGUUGCUUAACCCUUUAAGUCCCAAUAGUGACCAACAACAAUUUUCUCCUAACAAUAUCCAUACACUGUCAAGAGAUAAAGUUAUGAGAAUUAAUAAAAUGAUCAUCAUAGAGAAAAUUCCAUGAUCUUUUAUAAAAUUCUCUCAACUAAUUCUUAAAGGAGAUGUAUGGAGAUCAGUUUGGAGAAUUUGUAUGUUGAUAUUGGGGCUUAAAGGGUUAAAAGCCAUUGGAUCAUGUUUUCAUCUUACAUCUUACAUCAUACAUUGUACGUUUUCUACAAAAAUGUUUUUUUCCAGGCCAAUGCAGAGUAUAUUAAGAUGGCCGACCAGUAUGUUUCAGUGCCUGGUGGAACAAACAAUAAUAAUUAUGCAAAUGUUGAACUCAUUCUGGAUAUUGCUAAGAGAGUCUCUGUACAGGUGAGCUGUAGUUAGUAAAAUGUUUAUCUCAAAUUUAGGGAUUCCAGCCUCUGGAGAUCUAGAAUUAAACAUGGAGAUGGUCUCUUUUGUAGUACCCCCCCUCCUAAAAUCAACCCACUCCUCCCCAGAACAUAAUUUUUUUUAAUUACAUAUGACCCAGUCCCCAAAUCAAAGCGUUGUUGUUGCUCAAGACAUUAGAAAAUCUUAGAUAGUAAGUGAUGAAAUAGAAAUAAAAAAGCUGCGCAAAUCUUAAUAAUAAUUAUUAUUAUUGUGAAAUCAUUAUGUCAUAAUAAUAUUAUAACAUGUUUUUAAAAAUUUUUGGGAAAUUUGGGCUGAUUUUCAAACUACUGGUAAACUACUGGUAAACAACAGAAAAAAAUUCAAAAUUGAGAUUUGUGAACCAGGACUGAGAUUUGCACUGUUAAAUCUUGAAGACUGCUGGAUAAACCAGGAGCGUUUCCAUCAGAAAUGCAGCAUGAGUAACAAAAUUUAGUGGAUAUAAUAUACAGUGUAUCAUCUAGAUCUAGAGGUAAUCAUGCACAUGUUAAUGGUACACAUAAUUAUGUGUUCAAAAUACAAACAUAUGCUUUAGUCUGCACAUUGUAUUUAUUUUUAGCCCAAAAUUCCCUAGUGGUGUGUACCAUAUUUGCUUGAAUAAUAGCCGUCCCUCAAUUAAUUGCUUCCGUUGAAUACUCACAGCCCCCACCCACCCCCACCCACCCCCACCCCUCUUGCCUUUUUCUCUUUUGUUUACCCCAUCCCUGCCAAGUUAAAGUAGAGUCUGAUCCAGCAAAACUGAUCAGUGACAAUUCAAGCUCUGAUGCUGAGGAUAUUGACAUUGAAAAUUAAUCAAGGAACCAAAUUUGGAAGUCUUAAAAAGCCCAUAUGUGAUCAUUUUUCUUGUUUUAUUGGGAUAAUAAAACAAAAUAUAAAGGGCACAACUUCCAGUUAGCAAUAUUUGAAAUAAUCGCCUUUCCUUGAAUAAUCGCCCCCUUUUUGUGCAAAAAAUAUAAUAAUCGUCCCCGGCUUUAUUUGAGGAAAUACGGUGCAUGUAGAAGUCUGCCUUUUUACAAGUCUUAAAGUGAAUUAUUGCUUUAGUUAAUAAAAAUCUGGAUCAUUAAAAACAAAAUGCUGUUGGACGUGUGUUAAGUGAUCACUCGUAGGGAAUGGCCAAAUGAUUACUCAGUUGACCCUUUUCACACACAGCCAUGUUAAGUCCCUGGUUAUGUUGAACAGCUUUGUUCUUCUCAAAACUUGAUCAUUCUAAAUUUAUUCACUGGGAGGUUACAUGGUAGAUGCGCAAACUGUUUUGUUUUCAUGCAAAUUAUGGAAAAUGUUGGCAGCUUGAUGAAGAUCUACACAGGUUGAUGGUUAUGGUAUUAAUAAUGCCGUACAAUGCCGCUUAUAAGCCCAUCGGCUUAUAAGCCCCCGGUUAUAAGCCCACCUACAUGCAAACAAAAAAAUACAUCCGAUUAUAAGCCCAUCCCGAUAUAAGCCCCCAUUACAGUUUUGAUUUUGUUUUGAAAUUAAUUAACUGAACUCGAUUUAUUGCUGCCUUUUUAAGGCUUUAUUGUAAGAGUAAUAAAUUUAAAUCAUACGUCGAUCAACAGUGCUGUUGCUCAUUUCGAAACGUCUUUUUCGUCCGCUUAUAAGCCCAUCCAGAUAUAAGCCCCCCCUCCCCUCCCCCUCCCGUUUAUAAGCCCACCCAAAACCCCUUACGCACUCGUAUAAACCCAGGACUUAUAAGCGACAGUUUACGGUACUAGUGUGACUUAAUUAAUAGCAAGUGACUAUAUACUGUGCCGAUUGAGUUUACUUAUACAUUGUACUUCUCUUUUGUUAGGCUGUUUGGGCAGGCUGGGGUCAUGCCUCAGAGAAUCCCAAAUUACCUGAUCUCCUUUCGAAAUAUGGAAUCACCUUUAUUGGUUAGUUAUACAAUACUGCACCAGAAACAUUUUUUUUUUUCAAAUUAACCUGCAUGCAUUAAUUUAUUGCAGUGGUAAAGUUGGACAUUUUCUGCAUAUUAAAAAGUUAUUUGAAAGCAAAUGAUAUGAGCAGUUAUCAUCAUCCUUUUCCAACUGUAAAGCACAUGACAGCUGAUUGUUUCAACAUACCAGUACUUACUGGUAGGACACUUAAAGAUAGUUUGAAAGUAAUUUGAGAAGUUGAAGAAUUUUUUCUUUGAUUUCCGGAGGUAGGGAAGGGGGUUUGCAAAAGUUAUGGGCAAUGGGCAAAUUACCGGUGCAACUUUCCAAGAAUUUUUUGAAAUAUGGAAAAACACAAGCCUGUAAGCUUUCAGGCAAUUACUUGUAAAAAGCUGCAAAUAACUUAUCCUACAUACAGCUGUAUAUAUUAUGGAGAGAUAUUACUAAAGCCAGCCUCGUUGCACUACUUAAAAACCAUUUACAGGUCCUCCUGCCUCAGCGAUGUGGGCUCUUGGUGACAAAAUUGCAUCAACUAUAGUGGCUCAAACUGUCGGGGUACCUACACUCCCAUGGAGUGGAUCAGGUGUGUUACAGAUCAGACUCAAGUUGACUAAGGAGGCAUUUUUUGGAAUGAUCCAGAUCAGGAUAAGUAAUCCAAGCCUAUAUUCAGCCGUCUUGACUUACCAAGAGGAGUAAAAAAAAAGAAUUAGUUUAAUAUAUGGCCAAGAGAACCUUUUUGCAUGAAAUUCCACGUGUGCAAUAUACAUGUACAGUGUAUGAUGCGUAGUGGCAGGUACAAAACAUGGUCACAGAGGUCACAAGUGCAAGUCACUACUCUAUUGAUUAAUAACAGGCAGGUACAAAAGUCGGACUGGAUCAACUCGGACCGCCAGUACGGGUCGGAUCAACUCCGAUCGACUCGGACCAACUCCGAUCGAAUAAAAAAAUAAAAAUAACUGGCGGUCCGAGUUGAUCCGGUCCGACUUUUGUACCUGCCUAUUAAUAACUGAGAUAAGCAGUUUCCCCUGAAGCUAAAAACUCUAUCUUGGAUUUUGAUUAUGGCUAUAGAAGAGACUUUUAGUGUUGUUUAUUUACCAUACCACAGUGACCUGUAGUUUAUCCUGGACUUGUGACCUGUGAUCUGUGGCCUGUGUUUUGUACCAGUUGUAACAUACAUGUAGGUGCAUUUUGCCCUCUCCGGUAGCAAAUUAGAACACAACACUCUCUUCAUUUUGCCUACAAUUGCAGAUCCAUCCAUAAUAAUAAUAAAGUCAAAUAUGGUUGUUAUUGUCAUAAAAUUGUCAUAAAGUUUGCUUGCAUUGGUUUCAGGUCUUACUCUUGAAAAAUCAUCUGGGGACUUUGUGAAUGGGAAAGUUGUAGGCGUGUCUCCUGAUCUGUACAUGAAAGGGUGUAUAGAGGAAGUCAGUGAUGGAAUCAAGGUGAUUAAAACACUUACUUCUUGUUUCAGCUUAAUUUAUCACAAAUUUAAUUGACAUUCAUUUUGAGAAAAGUAAAAGAAUACAUGUAUCAGUGUUUUAUGUUUAGACAACAUAUGCAUGCUGUAUCUUUAUUUCUUAUUCCAAUAUCAAUUGCACUUACACCUGCAAUCAGGCAGUCUUCCCGUUUUCUCUGUAAGGAGAAUUAACAUUCUCUUCCUUCCCCCUCAUCUACCCACCCCUCAUGUCUCUGAUUCACAUACAUGUAGAUGUCCUACAGUCACUCUUCUUUUGAUAUCUGAUCUAAUUUAUCUUCAUUUAUAACAUUAUAACUUUUGGGUACAUGCUUAAGGAUACUUUAUCAACCUACAAAUUUGCCUUUCAGGUGGCUAGAGAAAUUGGUUACCCUGUGAUGAUCAAAGCCUCUGAAGGUGGAGGUGGAAAAGGAAUCCGUAAAGCAUCCAAUGACGAAGAGUUUACAAAUUUCUUCAGACAGGUUUGCUCUUAAGUAGAUCAUUAUAGCCAUGAGUCAAAGAACUUAUUAUUCAAGCAAUGAAUUAUUAGUGAAGUUAUAGUAAAUACAAUUACUGGGUACUCACUUUGUUUUUCUUUACCUACAGGUCCAAACUGAGGUUCCAGGCUCACCAGUCUUUGUUAUGAAAUUAGCAAAAAAGUAAGUUUUCCCUCCCACAAAGUGCAUGUACAGCUGUAGUUAUUACAACAGCAGGGUUUUAGACUGCGAAACAGUCAGUUUUUUUUUUCCAAAAUCAGGUUUGCAAAGUGCCAGUGUAACAUAUUUUCACGCAAAGUGCAUGGGCCUCAUGUGCAUGUUUUCAGUGUAGCAGUGUUUCAUCUGUUUAUGAAAGCUGAGUGGCACCGCUUUAAUAUCCAGCUGAACAAAAACCAUGGCCUUCUUACGAUGAUUCUUUGGUCCUUAACUUGCUUAAUAGUAUACCCUUCAUUGAGAUACUCCUGUAGAUGGUACUGUCAGCUUUCCUCAUGAUCCUGCUUGCCUGUCUGCGAGAGAAGUUUUUUGUAAACCCUAUAUUGUAAAUCUUCAGUCAUACUUAUUGAGCAUGAUCAAUGGAGAAAAUAACUGAAACUUAAAUGAUAAUCUGUAUAAUUUACUUUUUUUUUCUAGUGCAAGGCAUUUAGAGGUACAGCUCUUGGCUGAUGAGUAUGGUAAUGCUAUGUCCAUUUUUGGAAGAGAUUGUUCAGUGCAGCGGAGACAUCAAAAGAUCAUUGAAGAAGCACCAGCUGCAAUUGCUAAACCUGAUGUCUUCAGAAAGAUGGAAGAGGUACACAUAUUGAAAUUUGUCUUGCCUCUUCAGGGAGUAUACUUAUACCGUGUAACUUUAUAAAGCAAAGAUAUAUUUCAAAAUCUAGAUAUGAUAGUGAUGUUGUUGGAGUGAUAAAUUGUCUUCUUACCUAUCAUCUACACAUUCUUACAUGUACUUUAAAUUUUGUCUAGGAUGCAGUGAAGCUUGGUCGUCUUGUUGGAUAUGUCAGUGCAGGAACAGUGGAAUAUUUGUAUCAUCCCGAGGAUCACACUUUUCACUUUCUUGAGCUCAAUCCAAGACUACAGGUACUCCUCGUCUAAAGCAACCCCGAUGCUAUUCGUUUUCAUUUACGAUUUUUACUUAUUCCAUUCAAAUGCUUUAAUAUUAAUAUAUUAAUCAGACUGACUCACAUGUACAAUAUACACAUUUGCAGCGCUAGGGAAAUGAUCAUGACCGUUGUUGCAUUGUAUUUGCUGAUACUUUCUUCUGAAAGUUAAAAAUUAAUGAAAAUAAACAAGCAAACAAACCGACAAACGGAUGAAGGAGCAAUGCUGCCUUUAUUUGUUUUAUUUAAAUACAGUGGAAUUUGGAUUGUAUGUGAGAUUGCCAACAAUGCUUUUUUUGCUCUAUGUAUUGUAGUCCUGUGUUUUUUAACCACUGAAUUCAUUUACUAAAUGACCAUACAAAGAAAACAUGUUAAUUAUUUGUGAUUUUUUCUUGUCAUUUCUUUUCAGGUGGAACAUCCAUGCACUGAGAUGGUUUCUGAUAUCAACCUACCAGCAGCCCAACUUCAGGUUUGUAACGGACAUUGUGUGCCCCUUUUUGUGUUACUAUUUUCAAAAGCAACUGAAACAAUAUCAUUCUGCAUGUGUCUGUUAAUUAAUUGUCCUCUUGCAGGUUGCUAUGGGCAUUCCACUGUACUGUAUAAAGGAUCUUAGAACAAUGUAUGAUGUGGAUCCAUUUGGGACUGAGCCUAUAGAUUUUGACAAGUAGGAAAAGCACUAAGUCAAUAAUAAAUGAGACUAGUUAAAUUUAUGUUGAAACUGUCAUUCCUGAUAUUAUAUUAUAAAGUGUUAGUGUCUUAAUGUGUGAGGCUUCUCACUUAAAAUGGUACUAGGAGAUUUACACAUUUAAGCAUACAAUUUAUGUGAAUGGAGUUAUGUUGAAUAUUGUGGUUGAAAAAUUGCUUAAAUGCAGAGAGAUGUUGAAUACAGUCAAGUGUAUUAUAUUUUGGUUAUGGAAAGGGGGGGGGGGGAAUGGAAUGGUGCAUUGAGAAAACCAAAUUACAAAGAGGCGUUGCUAGUACUUAAAUAAGUAUGGCUGUACAAUGUUCUUCGUUUGUGUGAAAGGGUCUGAGAAGCAUUGAGAGUUGCAAUGGGUAAACAAAAAAGCUAAAAAGCCUUGAAAGUACAGGAAUAAUAUUCCCUUUUACUUUAAUUAUUGUAGAAGAGGACAGGAAAAGGUUAAUGUUACGUAGAAAUAUUGCCAAAAUGCAGCGAGUUGUUGAUAGUUUUUAAUGAGAUACAAUAUAAAUCAGUCUAUUUUAUUUUGAUAAUGGAAAAGAAAGGAAACGCAGUGGAAGGCGCGUUAGCCAAGAUUAGUAGAGGCAUGUAUACUACUGAGCUAAAUUCUCCCGACCCCUUUCUGCUGUUAUCUAAGGAACUAAAUAUAGGGCAGAAGAAUUCAAAAAGCCAAACGUCAACAAGAGGUUUUUCUUAAAACGACUAAGAUAUGAAAGCGGAAAAGAGGGGGAUUAUUUUAUAACAUUGUUUACUUUCGUAAGGAACAUGUACAACCGUUUUGAUGUUUUUUUCAAAUAAUUUUCAGUCCAGAGAUCCGUCCUAAACCAAGAGGACAUGUCAUUGCAACACGAAUUACCUCAGAGAAUCCAGAUGAGGUGAGGUCAUAAAAAAUCCACCAAUACAUAGUUCAAAAUCUUAAGAGUUUUACACCUUGGAGAAUUGUGAUGAUUCCAGAUGGUUGUCAGACAAUUCUUGCUCUGCCUGCAAAAAGAGAGAGAAACAUCUACAUGUUUUACCUAAAAAUUUCGGGUGUAUCUGGAAUUUCUCGGACUUCCCCCUUCGAUAAACGUGUGAUUGAAUCAGAGAUUUGGAAUCAGUAUGUAAAUUUGUUGGUUGAACUCUGUCUUAGGGAAGGAUAAUUGUGUGACAAAAGUUGUUUGAUAAUGAAAUUAUUUUAUUGUUUUACCUUUGGCCAGAAUUUCCAUGUACUUGCGAUGACACAAUUUUUUUCUUGACUUAAUCAUAGACCUUAACUUGAGGGUGUUACUAAUUCCAGAUAAAGACUCCUCCUCUUGGUUAAAUAACCAUGAGUACAUUACCAGUCAUUAUUUUUCCCUAUUCGCCAUUACAAACAUAAGGGAACUGAAAAAUAGAAGGAUUAGACUAGAGAAUUCAGAAAGCCAAACGGCAACAGCGGCAAGGAUAAGCACAGCCGGUUAGUGUGCGGCCUUUUGCGCAAUCUUGCCGUGUGUAGUUCGAUUCCCAGGUGUUACCUUAAAUCCUUGUUUCGAAUUUCUUUCUUCCCCUUGUAGUUUCUUGUCGCUUUAGAUAACCGUGAAACGAACCACUGAUGGAGAGAGUUGGGCGGGGGGGGCGUAUGGUGAGUGCACUGUUGGCCUAAGGUUUGUCAGUCCAAUUUGUGCUGUUACAAGUUACCGUCAGGAAAUAAGGACCUUUACCUUUCUUUACCUUAACAUCAUCAAGGUGUUCAUUUGCGUUUUUAACUUUCCAGGGCUUUAAACCCAGCAGUGGCACUGUCAAAGAAUUGAAUUUCCGCAGCAUGAAAAAUGUCUGGGGUUAUUUCAGUGUAGGGGCAGAAGGUGGCCUUCAUGAAUAUGCUGACUCUCAGUUUGGCCACUGCUUUGCUUGGGGAGAGGAUAGAGAUGCGGCAAGAAGGUAAGUGCAUUUGCAAAAAUGUACCUCAACCUCUUGUAGGAGGGAGAUGUCUUUUUCAUACUUUCCUGAGAUGAGCACCUUAUUGGACACAUGUAGUUGUAAACCGACUCGGCAAGAGGUUUUUACGUUAACGUAUUUAAAUGACUCCAGAAUGAAGGGACUGAACAAACCAGCUUGUAAACUCGUUUUUGGUCAAAAAACGGUUCCUAAAAUCCCUGGUUUGUACACUAUAUAGGCCAAGAACGAAUUGAAGCCUAAUACUCAGCCAUGUUCAAUGACAGGAGAAACAUAAAUUUUGUACAAGUCCACUGCAUGCACUAUUGUGGUUAUUGAGUAUUGCUUCGUAUUUAUUUCUCAUUCAGAAACAUGGUGCUAGCCUUAAAGGAAAUCUCUAUUCGUGGGGAUUUUCGCACCACAGUGGAAUACCUGAUAAAGUUGUUGGAACAUGAAUUUUUUUCGAACAACAAGAUCGACACAGGCUGGUUGGACUUUCUUAUUUCCAAGCAAGAUCAGGUAAUUGACCUUAGACUUUCUGGAUAUAUUUUACCCAUUAUUGCCUCCUUGUGAAUAUCAAAAUGUAAUAAAGAAAUAGCACCAAGACGUGUGGAGAGAAUGAAAUCUCACCACAUAUCAAGUCUUGUUCCACUCACUCAGAACUCAGAAGUACCUUUAUUUGCGAAGGCGAAAACUACUAUAUUGUUUAAAUUCCCGCUUGGGUGGUGCCGGGUUUAUGUAAACCUGACUUUUGCAAUGUCUUGUUCUUUGCACGAUUUGCACGUGCAACGUUAGGUCCGUGUAAAUCUGCAUACACUGCACUUAAAGUCGCGUUUACAUUAGGCACCACCCAGGUGGCAGAUAAAAGAAUGUUAAGGUAUUUUCCGCUCUGGCUAUUUAACGUUAAAAUGGAAACCGUUUUACAUUAUUUUAAGACUUUUUACAUGUUUUUUGUCGUCAUUUUGCACAGGCAGAGCGUCCUGACGCAAUGCUUGGGGUAAUAUGUGGAGCCGUUCAUGUGGCAGAGGCAGCCAUCAGUAAGAAGUAUGUCAAUUUCAAGUCCGCGCUGGAGAGGUAUGAUCUUAGUGUAAACAGCUUGUUUAGCAGUCGUUUCCGUUUCCGCCUACAUGUAGCGUUGCGGGAGAAGCGGACGAAGCGCCGAGGGAGUGGAGGUGAAAUUGCUCAUUCUUACCCAAUGCCCCCUCGCGUGUCUCGCGUGCACCUCCCGCUUGGUUAAAGGGAAACUGAAUCGACUACUUCGCGGGCUAUCGUGUAACCUUAUGCAACCUUCAGUAAACUUCUUGACUUUUGAUAACGGAUACAGCAAAAGCAUGCGUUACAGAAAUUAAUUAAACGGUCCCUUGCACUCGCGUCCGAAUUUCGACUUGAACCUCAUACAUAACACUCACGAAUGUCUAACCAUGAGGUGGCAGAUUCAAGAGUGCUAAGAAAGUCUAUAACAACUUUAUCGCCAUUUAAGGCAUGUUCAGAAAGAGUCAUAGACUUACUUAGCACUCACAAAACUCUGAUGAAAUUUUGGCUGCCAUUUCAGUUUGCUUCAUAGGGUGCUACGCGGCCGGGACUGGGGACUGCCAACAAACGGCGAAACAAACAAACUUCCAAAAGAGACUUCCAAAAAAAACUUCCGGACAUACCGAGAUCUCAGGCACUCUCAAGACAAAAAUAUGUAGCUGCCUUAUGUAGGCAGCAAUAAUUUCACCAUAACCUGGUCUAGGGGUGAGAUGGUUAGUGCCAGCUUCUCCGCAAACGUAUUUUAAGCCUUCGUUCGGCUACUGCUGUUCAUGGUAUGAACUUGUUACAGCUGCAGGACUCCAUUUCAAGCACAUAUUUCCUUGCAUUAUUUUAUAGGGGGCAGAUCCUAUCAACCGACUGUUUAGUAAACCAUGAAGAUGUUGAACUUAUUAAUGAUGGUGUCAAGUAUAUUUUAGAGGUAAUGACUCAUCAUAGAAGUGAAGUAGGUUGUCCGGGUUAAUUAGUUCCCCUGAAGUUUAAGAGUUCCUUUGGCUGUUUUACAGCUGAUACUAGUGGGCAAUCGAAAAAGAAAAUACAUACCGUCGUUGUGCACAGUUUGGAUUGUCUCCUAAGUGAUUUUAAAAAAUGUAUCAAUUCUGCCAAGGUACAGUUGACUAUUUUGAUUUCAGCUUUUGUUUGACUUUGUAUCUUGAAGAUAGACACCGUUCGGAGUGACAAUGGGUGUCAAUCUAAGAGAAAGUAAAAAAUGAAGGACUUAACAGGGGCAUGGACUGUCUCCAGGUGUCGGGUCCAAUCUUUCCACGACGGCGCUUCCGGGACCGCCACAGAGUGUCCGUCUAAGGGUAGACUUCCACUGUCGCGUUAUUUUUUUUACGUGCGGUCGCGCGUAAACGUUAAAGUUGAGCGACGUUCAACUUUUACGUUUACGCGCGACCCAUGCAUACGUUGCCUCUAUUUCAUUUACACGCGUAAAGCUACAUGCGUGCGCACGUAAAAACUAAGUGACAGUGGAAACUCACCUUGUGAAAGAUGUUCUCCCUUUGGAAAGUCAAAAACAUGGCUAAAGAAAGGCAGGGACCAAGUCUAAGUGUCCGUCUUAUAUAAGUAUUGUUAAUAGACAGUUCACUCACGAUUCAUUGUGUGUCUGAUUUACCUUUAAGGUUUGCAAGUCAGGACCCAACACUUAUUUCUUGGUUAUGAACGAUUCCUGGACAGAAGUGGAAGCUCACAGGUAAUUGAGUAAUUACAGCUAGUAUUUUAACUGACUCGUCCCCAGUCGUCUCGCAUUAUUAGUAUUCGGCGUGGAAGACUAGAACGGGCUCUUUAGUAAAUAAUUAAUGAGUAGAGAUAACUUAGAGACGACUGGGGACGAGUCAGGUAUUUUACGAAGUUUGAACGUUACCUAGAUUUAUAACUCAAACAUUUGACACGUCUGUUUACAACGUACAUGCUCAGUCAGCCAAGGAAACAAGGCAAAACUGUGGAUUGUCAACACCACUCGCUUUCGGUAAUCCCUAGAUGCAUAUUAUAAUAAUGAUUGAAGCAGUCUUGUGAGUAGAUUAGUGAUUUGGUGAACAAGAGGGGGAAGGGCUACCGGUAGUCAAAUUGGUUAACUGUAGAACUCGUGGAGUCAUCCCUUUGACGAAAGUCACUCUCUGUGGCUGUAUUCUGUUUCCAGAUAGCCCAAGAGAGGACAUACCUUUUUGUUUUCAAAGAGGGAUGUCUUGAUCUUGGCAUUCUUCUUGAUUAAAAUUCAUGUCUUGCAGAGGCGUUUACAGUAAUUUCUCGUGUUUUUAUCUUUCAGAAUGAGCGAUGGUGGAUUGCUUUUGUCAUGGAAUGAAAGCAGUCACACAACCUACAUGAAAGAAGAGGUUGACAGGUUAGUGCCAAAUAGGCCGCGAAAUAUACAGGCUCCUCCUCUCUGACGAAAUGAAGGCUUGAGUACUCAGAUAAAAACCUCUUUGAGCAAGAACGUGAAAUCUAACAACGAGCUCAACUCACACAUGGCGUGGCCUCUGGUACACAGGAGUAGGAAUUACGUGCCCUCAUCUCAGCGCCACCCUUGUUUCCCUUCGUAGUAACUCCUUUCGUUCUCUCGGACCUUUAAACAAAGUGUGUAAAUCUCGUCCCAAAACGCAAACAAGUAACCAAUACACCAACGUUUAUCGAAGAACUAGGUUUAGAAAGAAAUAUCACUGAUGAACCACAUAUACUUUUGCAGCUAUAGGUUGACGAUCAGUGGAAAAACUUGCAUAUUCCAGAAGGAGAAUGAUCCUACUGUACUGAGGUAUAUUCUUGAAAGGAAACAUUAGAUCAUUUUCGAUGAGUUGUUGAUACAAGAGAGGAAAAAACAGUACAAAUGCGCGAUACGAGGAGGGGAAUGUAAUAGGAGAGAGCAAGAGGAACAUAUGAGCAUUAAGGUCCCUGGGGGUACCCCCCUAUAUAAGCGAUAUAGGUAUAUGCCGCCCCCAAGGGUAUGGUUUCAGUUCUGCGCCGUUUCGGUCUAUAGACGUUGCCCAUUUUGGUCUGGAAUCGGGUGUGGUUUUCGAGGAAACUACGUGAGUGUAUGAACGUAUUUGUCGUUUCAAUUCCAAAUGAAUGAAAGAGAAAUGUGCAAAUUCAAAAUGAAUUUUAAGAAAUCUUUUUGUUAGCGUUCUAAUCUAAGUAAUGAUGACAUAAUUUCUGCCUAAUUUCUGUCCACUGAUAACUCUUGUUCAUUUGCAUGUGUUUCAUAAGAAUGUAUGAUACUGCCUUUUCGACAAAGUGAACGCCCAGAUGUCAGCGUAAGGGUUUUUGUUUCUAGGUCGCCUUCCGCCGGCAAGCUCAUACAUUUUGUUGUUGAGGAUGGCGGUCAUGUCUUUCAGGGGGAAUCUUACGCUGAGAUUGAGGUGACUAAAUUGUUUGGCUAUUAAUAUUUCUGCUUUGUCAUCUCAUUAUUUGUAUGUCGAUGUAUGACGACUUCUGACUGUUGUAGUCAUGUGAAAACGUUCUUGAAUGUUCCCUUUUGUAGGUUAUGAAAAUGGUCAUGCCUUUGAUAGUCAGUGAAAGUGGAUGGUAAGCCCCAAUAAAAUAAAUUGUAUUCAGCAGAAUAGACGAGCAGGUGCUUUAACGUAACCUUAGGCAACUUAACAAAAUUCAAAAGUUCACCACAAACUUUUGAAAUCAUUUAAAGAUGUUUCGAAAAUUGUAAAAAAAUUAUUCGGAAAGCCUUCGACUUUAGGUAAGCUUUCGAUGCUUUUAAGAAAUACCCAAAUCAUUAGGCAUCUAAUUUUGUUCUGUUUUGCUUCGUCAAUAGUGUUCACUAUGUCAAGAACCCAGGAGCUGUAUUAGAACCUGGUUCAGUUGUUGCCAAGUUGGAGCUUGAUGAUCCAAGCAAAGUUACUCAGGUAAUUAUUAUUUUUUUUCUGUCGUUUUGAGAAACGUGAUAAAAAGAUAUUGUUUUCCUCAGUUUUUCCCUUGCGGUUUGGGAAGGGAGGGAGCAUUGUCGAGUUUUAAGCGGGUCGGACUCACAUUUUCUAUGAUCAAGUGUUGGAGUUCAUUUCUGAUCACUUGCUGGAGUUCUUUGUCGGCAUUCCCAAGCUUACAUUAUUUAACUCUUGAUAAAUGCUUGUAAAUAGCUAGUUGGCUGCCUCCUAGCUGGGGAUUUUUCGAUAUGAAUCGUUUACAUUAUUUGUUUUACAUUAGCUUGAUAGAGUGCCUGCAAACUACAAUCAUGGACAAAAGUCUUGGGACACUUCUGCGUUUCUGGGGCGUUUAUCAAUUCACACAGGUCCAACCCCUCCCCUCACCCCACAAACAAUGUUGGACGCGUGUAUCUAGAAUUUUUCCGAGUUUCAACUUUGCAUAGGGUGGAAGGAGGAAGAACUGCAGGAAAAUUUCGAAAAAGAUGCACUGUUUUAAGAGGGAACCGAGAAAUGACAGAAAAAUAUGAAUAUUACAUUACUGUCCCAAGGACUUUUGUCCGGAACUGUAGCUUGAGCGGCUAGUAGCACCUCCACUAUAAACAAAGAUUCAGCUUCUCUUUUCAUUUCAUUUUACAUUUCAGGCUCAGCUCCAUUCUGGCCAGUUCCCUGAAACACCAGGGCCUAAGCUAAAGGGAACCAAACUGCAUCAAGUAAGCAAAAUUAUUGUACUUCUUUUCUUUCAUGCCAACUUUAACAGGGUACUGAUAAGUCGGAGAAUGCAAGUAAAAUGUUAAAGUGUUGGCAUGUUAAACGAGGUUGGUACUAAAAGCAGCCACAAUUGCUCAGGGUAUUUUUUUAUUCUACAGCUCAAUAAAAUAUUUUUUGAAAAACAAGACAAAUGAAAUUAAAGUGAUGUCAAAACACUGAGGACCCCAUUUUUGGGAAAAAAUAAUCAAGAACUAGAGAAUUGCUGGAGAGUAGGAACGUCCUGAAAGCUGUUUAGAAUAUAAGCGUUGCGCUGCGCCGUUUCGAGUGGAAGGAGAACGGGUUAUGACGUGAGGAAUCGCUACAUGACGAGCCAAUAGCACGAAGAAAACUUCGCCACGGAGAAGAUUUAUCGUAACGAGCUACUAGAAUUACUGUUAUUGACAUAACAGAAACGAGUAGGACUGAGUUUGUUUGGUUUAAAGCUUAAUGCAAGAACUGGGUGAAUUUCUCACUCCACAAAAUACGAUUUUUUUUCUUUUUUCCUGUUUUUUUUGGAGAGACGUUAACAAAGCUUAUGUUUUAUGAGAUUUUGAGGCGCCCAUUGUACAUCAAUUUGGCUAGUAAUUCUUCAUAAAUUAGCACUCUGCUACACGUCGUAUUUUUUAAAUCUUUUUUGUGUUUGAUCUGUGUUAAACAUGGUUGUGAAAUGUCAGGAAAUGGUUGGGGAAAAAAUUUCUUCAAGGUCAAGGAAAAGUCAAGGAAAAUUGAAGUCUUUGAAAGACGUCAACAAAAGAGUAAAUAUUUACGGUUUUCCCUCUACUUUUAUUGUUUUCUGACAUUCAAAAUUCCUUUGUACAUUGUGCGGACAUGAAUCAUGUUGUAUUGGUAGAAUAUUUUUCAUGAAAUUGAAUCCUUUUUGCAUGUUAUGGUAAGGAACAAUCAAUUCAUGUACACUGCACGUGACUUGCUGAAAGUAUUAAUAAAUGGGUGAAGAGGAUGGCUGUGAAGGAAGGGCUGAGUUCAUUUUGUGGACUAAUGUGUGAAAUUGUUAAUUCAGUUGGUCAGGGAAAAUUCAAAAUUUCAGAAACCUCUGGUUGUGGCAACCAUGUUAAAGACACUUCUUUCUGUUUGGUAAACGUUAUACAAUUUGAAAGGUUUUUCAAGUUGCCCGUGAAAAUCUGCAAAACAUCAUGGAUGGAUACGGCGUUGGAGAGCCAUUCUUUUCAAGGAGACUGGAGGAAAAUGUCAACUUGUUAAUGAAGGCGUUAAAGGAUCCUGCAUUACCAUUACUGGAGCUACAGGUGAUAUACUCGACAAUUAUUCCUCAAGCCAGAAUGGGCUCUGAGUCAAUAGCCCAUGAGGCCAGAGGCCGAAUGGGCUAUUGACUCAGAGGCCAUGAGGUGAGAGGAAUAAUUAUUUUAGUAAGAUCCAAGUAGUAUCGAGACAAAACAACUUUAGCUAGCUAAAGCUAGACUUUGAUUCUUUUUUUGCUGCCAAAAAGCCGGCGCUUUUUGCUACUAGUGGGCUAUAACAUAUAGCGUAGUAGUAGCUCAACCAAUCAGAAUGGAGCAUUGAUGAUAGAUCACUAGUUGGAUUUUACUAAAAUCACGUAACCCUUUAAGCCCCAAUACUGAUCAACAUCAACUUUCUCCUAAUAAUAUCAAUACAUAAUCAAAAGAAAUGGUUGUGAUAAUUCAGGAAAUGCUCGCCAUAGGGAAAAUGCUUUGAUCUUUUAACAAAUUCUCUCAACUAAUUUUUAGGGAAAUGUAUGGAGAUCAGUCUGGAGAAUUUGUUUGUUGAUAUCGGGGCUUAAAGUGGUAAACACCUAAUGCAUUUGGCUGAGUUCGAAUGGGUUGGUAUCAACCUUUUUCUUUUGGUUGGGCUCCCUGUUUAGCUGUUUUGGUUGACUAUAUUCCUGAGAUAUCGAUACCCAGUGACAUUCACUCGGGCAAGUUCAUUUUUACCUGGAAACAUUAACAUUCAUCGUAACUUGUCUACUUCAUUUCUAGUAGCACAGCUGCUUCCUCUUGAAACGUCGUCCCUCGUAAUUCGAAACCAGUUUGGAUGGCAACGGUUCAUCCCAGUAGAAUAUGGCCACAUUUUUGGUCGCGAAGAGAAAGGAUCAUUUUUUGGAUGUAGUGUCUAAACUUAAAGCACUUGAAUAGCGUGCCAAAGUUCGAUUUUUAUUUGGUUUUUUACGCUGAUAAUUUCUUUGUAGGGAAUGCUUGCGUCCAUUUCAGGGCGUAUUCCGACAACGGUUGAAGAAAGUAUCAAGAGACAUCUCUCCAGUUAUGCCAGUAACAUAACAUCAGUAUUGAGUCAGUUUCCCAGCCAACAGGUGAAGAACGUUUCAAAUCAUUUUACAUUAUAUAAUAAGUUUUGCUGUGACUGACUUGCCGAUAUUUAAAAGCACUUCUCGAAUCCAUUUUCAAUGAGGACCUGAAGAUGGUCUCAUUUGAAUAGUGCCUCUCUCACCCAAAUAAAGGUUCUAGAAAGAGAAAGGUUCUAGCCUGGCUCGUUAAAUAGUGAUUGUUUUUAUCUACAUAAUAAAAAACCGUUUUGACACCGGAGACUAAUUCGUAUUACUGGGAUAAUCCAGAACGGUUUUCAUCAGUGAGCGUACGCAAUAGGAAGGAAGACGGCAAACCAUGAUUGACAAGUGUGGUAAAAAUUAUGUUUAAAAAAAUUGUGCUAAAUUUCACCUUUCUUUAAACAGACCUUUUUUAUAAGACCAGUAAUGUUAAGUUUAAAACCAAAUAAAAAUCGAAGAUCACCGUGUCAGCUUUGUCCCACACAGGUAUUUUCCCGCCGCCUUCUUCCGCUUUGUUGCAUAAGGUGACUAUUUUGGAGGAAUAAUCUGUCGGACUUUAUCCUUCUGUUUAUUCGUCUAUUUUGACGGAACGGUUCUAUCUAUACACCUGACUGCGUUAUUUCCAUUUUAAAGGACUGACCGUUCUAGAAGUUACUAGCCUGCGUAGCUGGCGGUAUUGUGUACUAGGCGAGUGAGAUUUGGCGGCGGAGCCGCUGUACCAGUCGAGUGAGAGUUGGCGGCGGAGCUUGGAUCGCGGCUCCUCCGCCAAAACUUUAAUCACACAAUACCGCCAGCUGCGCAGGCUAAAAAGUUACGAGCGAGGGAAGUAUAAAAACAUUUUCAUGCAUGGGAAACAAUUCCCCAACCCCCGCCCUAACUUUUCUAAUUGUCCGUCCAUUAAUAUGUUUAUACCAUAGUCCAACACUGAAUAUACACAGCAAUGAAAUGCUUGUGCAAGUUAAUUGGCUCACAUUUAGGACUCGAGAAUGUUUAAACAGAGCUGACAUAAUGUGAUUUAAUUAAUUAUAACAGAUUGCCAAUGUUGUUGACGCUCAUGCUGCAACAUUGACCAAGAGAACUGAAAGAGAUGCAUUCUUUUUGAACACACAAAGCAUUGUGCAACUAGUUCAGAGGUAACUACAACUUUCAGUGUUAUUGUUAUUGCGUUUUGGUAUUUAAUGAACCACUUGAGGGCUUCUUUAUCUUGUAAAACUGUUCAGACAGCCAUAUUAAAAAUUUUGAAGUUUGUCCUUCUUAAUCCUUGUCCUUGUCCUUAGUUUUUUAUAAACUGUUGUUACAAUAUUUUUAGUCACAGAGUAAUAGGACUUAACAUAUGGUGACAGAGCUCUUGUGCGAAAACAUUUUCUCUUUUCUUGAUGGCCGCAACAUCCUUUACUGUAUUCUGAGUAGUGUAGAGUGUUUUCACAUGACGUCACGGCGGCCAUAUUGGUGUCCCAAAACAAUGAAACGGCGGCCAUGUUGGUGUCCCAAACGGGUCCUGUGGGAGUUGAACUCUUUUCUUAUGCAAACGCUUUCUUUUGUUCCAGUAAAUUUGCAUAGAUGCUGGCCACGUGAGUGAAAACACUCUAUAGGCUGCACCGAAUUAUUCUUUUUUGCGAAGGAAGCUCGGUAACAUUAAUGCCGAUGACGUCAAAGUCGUUUGUCUUUAAUUAUCUAAUGCGGGGGAAUCUCAUUAAGGCAUGUGCUAUUUUCGGAUGGUUUAAGGUGACUCGACCCAGUUUUUUUUUUUGGGGGGGGGGGGGAGGUACCAUCCUACUUUGAAGCUUUCUGGUAUCCCCACCUUUACUUUUAUCGUAAGUCUAACACAUAGAAUGGAUAACAUAUAGAUCAAUCCAUAGACUGUUCACAGUCCCCUAUUUUUCCGUGUGAUCGUCGAGAUCGAGCGCGUCUUACUGUUAAUGGCGGCCGUCUUGAUUUUCAGUCGUACCGAGUCUAACCUGGGGAAGAGUAUCAAAUCUACUUAGAGCUAUAAUCCCCGACGCCCGCCCCCUCGGUACAUCUAAAAAUCAAGAUGGCCGCCAUUAACGGUAGAUGAUAAUUUUGGUACAGUGAGACAGGCCAUCGCGUGAUACAUGGAGGUUUAACUCACAAUUUUUAAUCAACUCUCGUGCUUCUUGUGCCUUUGCAAAAAAAAUCAAGAAGUGCUACACACUAAAUCUAUCUAAUGAUCUCUAAUCAUUUUUUCAUAGGUUUAAUGCAGGCCAAUAAUUAAACCAACUCGUGACGUGAAUCCCUUCUAUUAUCUCAUACUAAAUUAUCAUAUCUCGGUGAGCAUUCGGAAGUCAGCCAAGCGUGGUCAUUGCACGCGUGCUGAACAAGAAUGCUGUAUAAUGACAGACUAGAAACAAUAGACAACUCCCAAAGCACAAACUCAGCCAAAACGCUAAAAAUCUUCAAUGUUUACUCAAGUUUGGGCUUAUAGAAGAUAAUGUCACAGUUUUUCAAUGACCAUGAAAUUCAGAGUCCGGGUAGUUAGUUAAUCAAUUGUGGCCCUGAAAAAAAUUGAAGGAAAAAGAACUACGAACUUUUAAGAAAAUGCUUUUUUCGUGAGAAGGACUCUUCAACGCGACCAACGUCAACAAAUAGCGAAAAUUAUAAUUUCUAUAUGUUUGCUUUGCUCGAAAUCGCGCGCAUUUACAAGGCCCUAAAGCUGUUUGCUGACUUGCAAGGACCCAUCUGUUAUAACGAUGCCCAAAAUAAAGGGAUGAAUUUCAUAGUUUAUUAGAUAUAAUCGUGUAAAGUUUGCUUGCCAUUUUCGCAUAAAUUGACCUAAAUUUGGAAACCGCUGAAUUUCUCGAAUUGGGUCUUUGCGAUUUUGGUGAAACUCUGUUCAGCGCAAGGCACUAAUGCGCACUAUGUGUAGCCGAGAGAUUUUCACGAAAAAAUGCUGGCAACAGCAGAUUUUCGACUCAGACCUCAAAGGGGCGUGGCAUUAUGACCACGUGACCUUUACUCCGAUCGCGAAACAUUUUACGUUAUAUUGUAGAUUGAUUUAUAUGUUAUCCAUUCUAUGUGUUAGACUUACGAUAAAAGUAAAGGUGGGGAUACCAGAGAGCUUCAAAGUAGGAUGGUACCCCCCCAAAAAAAACUGGGUCAAGUCACCUUAAUCGCUUUGACAGGUUUUAUGGUUAUUUUUUAAGUGGAUGGAUGUCUUGGUUUCUUUAUUGGUUGACCAAAACUAAGAAAAGUAUUUAUUGGUUGAUUCAUGUUGUUGAAGGAAUAAGCCCUAAGUGACGUAAAAUCACUGAGCUGUAACAUUGUUUUGCAAGUUCUAUUUAUUGAAGCUUUCAUUGUUCGUUGUGGAAAACAAAUUGUUCUAGUUCUGGUUCACUGUUAUUGAAGGCAAAGAAAAACUAGCACUUUCUAGCAGGAAACACAUCCUGCUCCCCCCCCCCAAGCCACCCUCACCUCAAUUAUUUCGUCUCUUCUCAAUUUCUGUUACUCUCCACCACCACCACCACAAUUCUAUUGUUCUCCCUCCACUACCAACGUAAUAAACACGCAUUUGAUAACAGUUACUUUACGAGCUUUGUUGAGCUUGUUAAUCGUUAUAAUACUAGAUACCCUUCACUACCAACGUAAUAUGCACGCAUUUGAUAACAGUUACUUUACGAGUUUUGUUGAGCUUGGUUAAUCUUUGUAAUGCUAGAUACCGGAAUGGAAUCCGUGGUCACAUGAAGGCAGUUGUGUUGAGUCUGUUAAGGCAGUACCUCAACCAUGAAGUACUCUUCAAUGAAGGUAUUAUCAUUAUUUGUAUGGAUGUAACCGGCAAGCAUAAACAGAGUUAAUCUAACCUGAAUAUAUGUUUUUUGCAAGUGAGAUGGUUUUCGUUGGUGGCAAACACUCUAUAGAAAUCGCUCGUACCAUCUUAUUUACCCUUUUUCACUCUUGCAACUCAGUUAGCAGAACCAAAUUUGAAUUGAACUAAUCCUCCCACUGUUUAACAAGCCAAGUUCGUUAAUUUUGUUGUUCUUUCCUUGCCUAUCUAGUUAAAGCAAUAGACCACACUUUCUAUGGGUUUACCGGCGUGAUAACCCACGCGGGAUGUUGGAAGAACACGAGAAAAGCUUGUAAAUCACGAGCCGAAGCGAGUGAUUUACAAGCUUUUCGAGUAAAACGGAAGUAAAAUGGAAAAUGUUUCAGUUUUCUAUGAGUUUACCGGCACAAUAAACCGUAGGUUUUCAACCAGUAAGAACACGCGUAUUAUCUUUAGUUAGUUAUUUUAUAAUUAUUAACAUAUAGCAGUGAUGACGGUAUACACAUUUAAAAAGUAUCACCAGGGCCCAACAUCCUGUACUGUAAGCCCCUUUUCAUUGAGACCCAAAAGAAACCACUUAUUACCAAAGUUUUGGAAUUUUGCUCACAUACCGGCAACUUAUUUUCAUAAAAUGUUCUCCUUUAAUUCAGGAAAUUUCGAGAAGUGUGUGACUCUGUUGCGUGACAAACACAAGAGCAAGGACCUUGCGCCAGUUGUGCAAAGUAUAUUUUCUCAUGAAUCUGUGGUCAAGAAGAACCAGCUGACGAUAAAUUUGAUAGUAAGUACAAAAUUUAAUCUUUACUAAAGAGAUAAUGAUGGCUUCAAACGCACAUAAAUAGUUAAAUUUCUCGACGUAAUUUAUGGUUAGGUAAGCUCACAAACUCGUCCUCAGGGCCUUCCGCCAUAUUGGAAAUCGACAAGCCCAUGAACAUUGGUAAAACAAUUCUCUUCAGGGUUACCUUGGUCCAGGAAAAGUCAGAUAGAAACAAAAGUUUUCAGGGUCAGGAAAGGCUCAGGGAAAAUCUCAGUUCUUUUAUUUUACAAAGUAUGAAAAAACGAAGAAUUUCAUUUUUAGCUUGACACAAUUAUUCGCAAAUUAUAGUUUUAUCCCAAAAGAACGUUGUGUACGGUUCGUUGUUAAUCGAUUGUGAUGCUCCAAAUCUCUUGGAAACAAAAGGAAUAAACGUUGAGGUCAAGAAUGUGGACAGUGUGCAAAAUAUGCCUAAAGAAAUACGAAAUUCAAAGCCGUAGAGGAAGUUUCGAAAGUCGAGGUUUUCUUCGCUUUCUAAUGAAUAUUACCUGGUCCUAAAAAUUGUAUUUGUUUUUCUAGGACCAGCUGUGUGGCCGUCAGUCUGGUUUGUCAGAUGAACUAACUCAUAUUCUGCAAGAGCUUACUACACUCAACAGACAUGACAAUGCAAAGGUGGCUCUCAGGGCAAGACAGGUUUGUUUGUUUUUUCCCUUCUCUUUUCUUCUUCGUCUGUCUUUUUCUUGCUCGCUUUUCGUCUCUCCCCUUCUUCUCUUCUUUUUUUGUGUGGAAUAACCAGGAAAACGAGCUUCACAAUAAGACGAAUCUCAAUUCUCUCAAGUCAGUUUUGACUUUGUCUUCUGGCGUGAGGGAUUUGCGAUAGUACCUAUAUUAGUUUCUAUUAGUAUAUUCCCUUUUUAACUUUAGUGUUUAAUAUGUAGGAUCAUGUAAUUUAUAGUUUAGUGUUCUUCUAGCAUUUUUUUUUUCGUAAAAAUUUGUCAUGUAAACAGCUCACUUAAAGAGCAUUUUUGUAAUGAAGUGAUACUGUUAAUAAAGCUUGAUUGAUUUGACCCACAGUGUUUCAUUUUAAAGUGAUUUUGUCAUCAGCAUUACUGGGUAUAAGCUGGUACAAGAUCAUGAUCUGUGAGAGCUGGGAAAACGCUUUUUUAGCUUGUUUAAACAGGCUGGUGUAUAUUCCCUACCCAAGUUUUUUUUUUUUAAUGUUUUUUACAUGGCUAGCCUGCGGACUUAGACCUAUUUCCGGUCUCUCCGCCUGAAAACGUACUACAUAGCGUAUACCUAUAAAAUUGCUCAAAUCUGCUAAAACUUUGAACUUUCCCGUUCCUUUUCAAGUAUGCUUCACUGCAGAAACAGAACCAAAACAGUUCCGUUGGCGAACAUUCAGCCUCUCUUGGAAAAAGUUUCGGGUACAUUAGUUUUUUGUAGAAGUACGUGUAUGACUGAAGCCACUGCCAUCAUUGAAACUUGCUAUGUUUUUAGGCACUUCUGGCCGCUCAACAACCUUCAUAUGAGCUUCGUCACAACCACAUCGAGUCUCUGUUUCUCUCCGCCAUUGACAUGUCUGGCAACCAAAUGGCUUCUGAGAGUUUCCAGGUAUAAUGCUUAUAGUCAAGAUUGCGUUUUAUAUCUCUAGUUGGAUUGUAGAAGACUCUAUACAAUCUUGACGCCAAUAACGACCCUCUGCCUGCCGCGGUGACUUCACUUAACUUAUUUUUAAUCUCCUUUGUAAUGGUAACCCCUCUACAGGUCAGCACUAGUAAAGGGAAAUGUUUUACGCGUUUUCUUUCUUUCUUUUUUUUCGCGCGAAGAAAUGCAAUAACACUCUGACUUCAUAGUGAUAGUGUAUUAUCUCUAGGCCAUGGAUGCAAUGCAGGAUAAUCUUGACAACGGUUGCAGCAGUGCAGCACGGAUACUUUAGGCCGGUUUUUUUUUUUUUUUUUUUUUUGAGGAAAACGGUAAAAUGCAUUACAACAUUGGCGUCAUAGUGUUCUUUUUAAGGUAUCAAUACAAUACAAGAUUAUCUCAUUAGCGGGUUCGGGGGUAGUACAUUAAGACAGACAGGUUUGGCAAUUAUGUCACAUUUUCUGUUUUAUUUUAUGAUGGUCAUGGCGAGUUGAACCAGUUUGACGGGUUUCUCAACCGGUUUGACGUCUACUUUACUUUGAAUCCAUGACACCCUGGUUGUGCUGAUUGGUUGACUAGGUUUAGGUUUAGGAAUGCCUUUUUUGUUGUUGUCCCGAUUUUACAGAUGGGUGAACCUGAAUAGAAUUUGUAAACUUGUGCAAAUGAUUGAAUAUUUUUUCUUUGCUUUAACAGAAAUUGAUUCUCUCGGAAAAUGCCAUAUUUGACAUUCUUCCAAGCUUUUUCUACCACGCCAAUGAAGCAGUGAGGAGAGCAGCUAUAGAGGUAACCUCAUAUUUCUCAUUUUUCCUGCCAACAUUUUCUAUGCUAUACGUUGUAAGUCGUGUUUGUCCUUGUCGUUUCACGAUGUUACACAUGCAAGCAUCAUUUUGCCAAGAAAAUCAAUUUGGAACCAAACAGCCAAACAAAUCUUACACAAAACACUGAAUUUGUGGUAUUUUGUUUUUGGCAGGUUUACAUUAGGCGUAGUUAUCAAGCGUACGAGCUGACUACUCUUUAUCACGAGAAGGUACCUUCUUUCUCUUUUCUUUCUUUCCCGCCACGUAGUUAUUGUAUAGUUAUGGCGAAUCAAUUUGAAUCAAGUCCUGUGACUGUCGUCUAAUGAGUAUCUGUAUUGGACCAGUGAGGGUAGGUCUUAGUUACCAAAUGCAUGUGUUCAACUGUAUUCUGCAGAUUGACGAUAAUGUCUUGGUCGUCCAGUUCCAGUUUAUACUUCCAAAUGCACAUCCAAACAGGUUUGUACGUUGUGAUACAUCGGGCGCAAUUCACUGGCCGCAUUCUAGAAGAAAGAAGUGCAAAUUUCGUGUUUGUGACACAAAGAGAGGCAUACGAAGGAGAGGGUUAUAGAAAGUGACCGCGUUACAAGUGUUCGUAAGGAUAGCUUCAACGUUUCCGCAUAAUGGCUCAGUUAAGAUGUAGUUACAUAGCAAUAUCGAUAUAACGAACCCAUUCUUAACAAAGUUCUCGGUGUAACGAAGGAUAUUCGUCGCCUCAGUAAUUGUAAAAUUACGAAAAACAACCCCGAUAUAGCGGAUUCCAUUUUUAACAAAUAGAUUUUGCCACUCUUUAGGCCGUUUGUUUCAUUAAGGCUCCACUUUAAACGUCAUAGCUUCUUUGAAAAUAGAACAAGGGCAAAAGGCGAAAUACUGUUCAGCUAAUUCAGCUAGUUUGGGUAAGGAUGUGUCCACGUAAAUUAAAAAGUGUAGUGUCUUAAGGCACUGGUGUUAUCAUGGUAGUGGUUCCCUUCCAAGAUUGUCCAUUCUUGAUCGACGACAGCAAAACUUCUCUUCGUAACAUUUCUUUUGUAUUGUCCUUAGGAUGCCACAGAGAUAUCCUUCCACUAAAACUGUACUUGCUAUGCCAAGGGUAGGUAGAGAUACAAGUUCUAAGACAUAACUCUCAAUUCUACCUCCCAUUGAGUCGGUUGUAUUGCACUACAGGUGUAGAUCUUAGGGCUCUUACCAUUAAUCAGUACCGGUCGGCUAAACCAGUCCGGUCGUUAGAAGAAUUCCACUAUUAAUCAGGACUAUCCAGCCAUCUCAGUUUACUUUAAAAUGGUACGCACGGCAGUGAUGGGUUCUAGCAAAACUUUCGAGAAAAGACUAAAUAAAUACUGUAUUUCUUUUUUUAAAAUGACCGGUCUGACCGGCCAAUUCUGACUUUCGAAAAGCGCCCUUAGUUUCAGUAUUUUGUUAAUUUUUUCAUUCAUAUAUUUAUUUUUUGAAACGUUUUUGAUUUUUUAUGCAUUUUUUUCUAGGUUCGCAGUCUCAGUGAAGACAUGUUCGACCUCAUGAACCAGCAGCCAUUAAAGCCGUGUCAGAGAACUGGUGUCAUGGCAGCGUUUCAAAACUUGUCAGAAUUUGAAAGGUAUCAUUACAGUUUACAAGUCUCGUAACCUUUUCUUGAUAGAAAGUCAUUUUUUAAACAGUAUACUAGACAGUAAUUAGAGAGCUUUAGAUUCUAAGACGAAGACGAAAAAGAGGAGAUUUUCCCAAUACUAAGUAGUGCGCGCGCGAACCAACGUCAUUUUGGCGGGAAAAUGUGAUAGCCGUCUUCAUUCUACUAUGAGUUUUAACGAGAAUAUCGUAGUGGCGAAAAUAAGUUAUCAAAUAUUAGGAAUUUUAUCAUUUAGCUAGCGGGAGAGGGCUUUACCUCCUUUAACGGAAAUAAGCGAACUAACUUUUGUGGUAAAAAAGAAAACUACAAUGAAGCUUUCCGAGGUGUCUAUUGUUAGAGAAUAGGCGAGAAAACUUAAAAUUAAAUGUCGUCCUCGAAUCUACAGCCCUGUAAUAUUCUAGUCCACAGAAAUAAUAGAGACCUUUAUAUUCAAGGACGAGGACGACUACUAGUACGAGAUUUGACUUGAAGUGUUUUCGCGUUCUAUCAAAUUGUAGACUCCCCUGAAAGCUUCAUUUUACCAUUUUUCACUAGAAAAGUUAGCACUGUUACCUUUAGUGAAAGAGGUUAUACCCUAUCCCGAUCGCGAAAUGCUAAAACUUCUGAAGUUUGAUAACUUGUUUCCGCACUUCUACAUUGUCGCUAAAACUCGUAGUAGAGUGACAACGGCUACCACAUUUUCCCGCCAAAAUGACGCUGGUUCACGCGCGUACUACUUGGUAUCGAGAAAAUCUCGUACUCGCUGACGUACUCGUCUUAGAAUCUAAAGGUCUCUAAUUCUUUGUAGACGAGGAAAGUGACGUGCAGUCAAACCCCGUUAAUACGGGGGGCCAUAAAAAGUGUCCGUAUUAAGCCGGUUGAAUUUGGAGAAAAUAUAAGGGAUUUCUUUCCCCAGGGACAAAGCAAACUGUCCGUAAUAACGAGUUUUCCGUAUUAAGCGGGUGUCCGUAAAGCGGGGUUUCACUGUAGUUCAUUGUGUAACGUUGCCUGUGUUUUCCAAGCGAGUCAGGAAGAUUCUUUGGAGCUUACAUUAAACGUAAAUGUUACUGUAGUCUAAACAAAAAAAUCAAAUGCAGGUUUUUCGCAAAUAAAAGGUAAAAGUGUAGUAAAGGAGUGGUUAGGAACCACUUGGCCUUCUUUUGCGAACCAUGCAAUUCAUCUUAAAUCCUUGCCGAUGUUUAACUACUCUCUUCCGAUCCUCCUCGAGUCAAAGAAAGUUCAGUAAUUUUACCCAGGAUGAGUGUGAUUUCGUGUAAAGUUUACUUUAUUUUGUAACACUUUGUUUCAGAAAUUUUGAUGAAAUAAUGAACCGUUUUGAACCAGCAACCCCUGAGAACCUUUCUCCAUCACCGACUUCACGAAGGAUUGGCCUCGAUCCUCUUUGGGAAAUGGAAAGUAAAACAGAAGUAAGUAGAACUGUGCAUGGAUCGACCCUUUGAGUCUUUAUGGUCAGCAAUGUAGAUAAUUUUCAAAAAUUCCAAGUACCUUAUUGUAAAAUCCUAAGACAAAUUGUACUAUGCAUAUCUUCUGCGAAAGAGGUUUCUUUUGAAUGGUAACACCAUAGUAUCUCGUCCAUAGACUCAGAAGUUACAACUACAUACUGAAUGAAUAGUUCCAUGUGAAAGUACUGCUGAAGAGGUUUCAUUUAAAUGGUAACACCACAGGAUUUCGUCCAUAGAUGCCGAAGUUAGCAUGACUAAUCGUCUCACUAUAGCUCAGUCUAAAAUCAACAUGUUUAAUGGCACGUACUUUAUAUUAGAGGAAAACAAACUUACAGCAACUGGCUCUAUUUUCGUUUUGCUUCUACAAACCGUCCAACGCCCGCUUUUCUAAUUGGUUGACACUCUGAAACAGGCAAUUAAAGUUGCCCCGCUGCACUCUCCAAUACACUCGCAAAUUUCUUAGUAAGCAAUAGAACAAUUUAUUGUAUUAAAAAUUCUCAUACGUGGCUCCCAGCUUUGGGGGAAUUUGCCAUUUCCGCAUUGCGUAUAAUAAUUGGUGAUUACCAUGAAUUGAGCAAAAAAUUUAGUUAUUCAUCGCUGAAGUUAUUUCUUUUUUUAUAUCGAAAUUCGUCAAUUCGAGAUCGUCUCGAAGAAAAAGAUAGAAUAUUUUAGUCCCCACAAAAAACACCUUUUCGAUUUUUCCAAUAAUUAUGUUGCCAUCCAGGCAGGUUGUUGGAUCAGGUCGUUUCCCAGCAGCCAUCUUAGGAGGAGUUUUAUGUUGUACAAAAGCUUUCAACUCAGAGCUGUCCAUAAGAGCCGGCUGCCUUCUUAUUUUACCCAACCAUGAUUCAAAUUGCCCUGAAAAAGAAAAACAUGGGUAAUUUCAAAGGUGUAGUUGAGUAAAAGACAUAGGUAACGUAAUGAAAAAAGCCUGCUUAGCUUUUCCUUAGCUACAUCCCAGUUAACUUAUGCCAAAUACCAUUCUGAAUCUUCUUCCGUUUUGAACGAAGUAAAUUCAGAUUUGCGUUUAUAUGUUUUCUUUCUCUCUUUAGCCUGACGCUGCAAAGGAAGAAGAGCCGGUUCACAUUAUUAAUGUCGCCUUGAAAAUCGAAAAGAACUGCAAAGAUGUGCAAAUUUGUCGCAAGAUGGUGUACGAGUUCACGCAGUCCAAGGUAAUGCGCUGGUUUAUAUCAAUUGUUGUUGUUGUUGUUUUUAGCGUAUACAGAUUUAGAUUUCGGAAAGAAUGAAACGUCUUUGACAAUCUAACGGAAUACCACAUACCCCCUCUACUCUUGUGUUCCAACUAUCGUGCUUUCGGACAAUCAGAGUUUUCCACAAAAUUUUCUGAGCUUAAGGCAGCAAUUUACCCGUACCUGUUUAAGCAAGAAUGUGUAGCAAAAUUUCUUAGAUUACCAAGUGACGUCCUUCAAAGUUCAGUUUAUAGAGAGGAGAAGUGUGACGUCACGUUACCAUGAUUACAAAAUUUCUGAAUCUCAACAAUCUUUCUUGACCGAGACGGCCAUUUGCAUUGUCGAACGAUGGAAGCGAGCUAAUGUAUGCUAAAGUUUUGCUCCUGAUUGCAAUCAUGCACAGGAAAUGCAUACAUGUCAAUUUUUUCGGGUUUUUUCCUGCCAUAUUCACCGGAACACGGAAAGAAAAAUAUUGUUUUGUGUGCCCUUAGUCGAUUGUUGUAGACCAGUCACUGUGUGCAGGGCUGUAGUGUUUCUUUUCUUCGUGUGUCGUUUCAGAAAGAGAUUCUUAAGGACAAGGGGAUAAGAAGAAUAACUUACUUGAUGAGCGAUUGCAAGGUAUGGCCGGCAAUACUGAUUGGGAGGUUUGGAGAUUAAAAUUAAUUAACAUUCAGUUCUUGUGUCAUGUUUGAUACAACAACAUCUCUGUCAAUUCAAUAACAGCUUAAAGGAGAGAUUGUUUCCCGAUCGUAAAAACGUUAGGCACUUUGCAAUAAUUGAUCAACUUUCUUUACUAAAACCACGAAAACAAUUCGUUGUAGUAAAACGAUUUUAGCAGGGAACUGAAAGAGCAUACAAAUUCUUGUAAAUUAGAGGUCUCAAGUUUUCUUUUGUUCAUAACAGAAAACUUGAGCCCUCAAAUGCGUCAGGGAGAGAUUUUUACGAUAGUGAAAACAUUUCAAAAUUGUCAAGGAUUUGUAUAGAAGCCACUGAGCAAUAAUUUCUUCUGCAGGGUAUGCUCCCGUGGUACUUCACUUUCCGAGCGCGAGAUGAUGUAAGUAUUACACCUGUUUGUAGUAAGUUGCUGGAGAAAUGAGCAAUUCCUCUAUUUCGUAACGUAAAGGGGCUUUGUCACGGCUGUAUGGUUCUUUUAGUUUAUAUUGCCAAUUAAGCUUCCUUAUGGGUUAUGGGACUUAACAUUAGAGAAGAAAUUACAUUUAAAUAGGGACGUUAAGCAGCAGUGACGGCGACGGCUGCGCAAACGUCACUUAAAAAGUGAAUUCGCGCUACUUCAAACUUUGUCGCGCUUAUUCAAACUCGUUGAGUUCGUCAAAUGUUGGCAUUUUUUUGGAGUUGAAUUCUAAAAGACUGUAUCAAAGUUCAGGAAAAGAAAAAGAAAGUCGUUGUCUUGUGUUCACGUCCUCGACAAAGCGUCAAAUUAGGUACUUUCACGUUGUAGUCGUGCAGCGACGACAAAGAAGUGUACUAAAAAGCGUGACGCAAGUGCAGAGUUGUUGUUUUGCAAAUCUAAACCAAUUGCUUUUUUGCCGUUCUCGUUGCCAUCGCCGUCGUCGUUGCUGAAGCUGCCUUGACAAAAUCACAGCUUUUUGUCCAACACAUUUGCCUGUUAAGCAUGAUAUCAAACGUUACAAACAGUAAAAAUGAACUUUGCGAAACUGUUAGGCUAACAAGUUGUUAAAAAAACCCACAAUUGCAAUUUGUUAUAAUUUUCUUCAAGUUUGUUCAUCCUUGCCUUCUUUGGUAUUUAUUGCCGCGUUCUUUAUACUUUCUUGUCAUGUUUUAAGCGGUUUUUUCUACGUCAGGGGCACCCAACGAGAAUAUAGUUCAAAACCACUUAAACAUAGCAUUGUUAAACGUAUUUUAGUAUUUAAACGGUAGAUAUAGCAGAUUUUUAUUUAGAAUUUUUUCUGUUGCAAUAUUCGAACGGUCUAGUGAUCCGAAAAUUAUAGUUCAGCCUUGUUUCUAUUCUGUUGUAUAAGCCAUCUUUACACGAACUUCAAAAAUCCGUUAAAAUGGGCAAUUAUACCAUUUUUUAGAUGUUCGAAAAUCCUAGGAGAGGCAGGCAAGCAAGAAAUUUUACAACAAAUGUUCCGAAAAUUCUAGAUCAUAAAUCGUCUUCCGAACAGAUAUUUUCCGAAUAUUGUCGUUGGGUGCCCCUGCUACGUUCCAUGCACUCAAUUUGGUGGUAGUUCCUACUGUAAGAAUUCGAUAAAUUUCUUUAUACAACUCCCACAAAAAGGUUUGUCCAAUUUUCGAACGUGUAGCGUUGCCAAAUUCAGCCUUGAAAUACCAUCUUUACUCGAACCAAUCAAAUUGGAAAUUUGCCAUGUAGUUAUGAGUUAUAAUUUAGAAUAAAAAAGAACAUGAGUUUGACGUGUUGUCGAACUUUCUUUUUCUAAAUAGGAGUCUCAAAAUGGGACAACAGUAAGUUUAUUCUGUAUCUUUUCUCCACAGUAAGCUAAGGUAAGCUUAUAAACGCACACGGGCUUGGGUUGCCUGUGUUUAAAUGCAGCUUUAAUGCUUUAAGUGAAAUCUUCCCGUAAGGUGAAAUUGUGCUCGUGUAAAGUUGAUCUCUGCUUAUGUUUUUCCUUUGUUUCCAGUUUGAAGAGGAUUCCAUUUAUCGUCAUUUGGAGCCUGCGCUUGCUUUCCAGUUGGAAAUGAACCGCCUAAGAAACUUCGAUCUGGAGACAAUACCAACCACAAAUCACAACAUUCAUCUGUAUCUUGGCUCUGCCAAGAAGGUAAGUUCAUUGUAGUUGUUGUUACACGUUCCGUAUGGACUCUUCUAAGGCCCUUUUCGCACAAUACCGGAAAGCUUUUGCGCCGGCAUGAAAAACAUACCGGAUAUGGCUUCUGUUCACGCAAAAGAACGAUGAUUUUGGCGCGAUUUCUCUAACGGAGCGAAGCUGGCCCGCGCGUAUCUCGAGAGUGGAGAGUAAGACACCGGAUAGCUUUUCGUGGCGGCAUGAAAAGCUAUCCGGUAUAGUUUGAACAUAGCCUAAGUAACGAUGCUCAUGCGCCAUGUCGCGCAACGUAUAUUCCCUCUUCUCUGAUUGGGCGUUUUCGCAUGCGAGAAAUAGACGCCGGAUAGCUUUUGUCCGGCAUUAAACGCUAUUCGAAAUGUCUGAACCUCCCCUAGACCAACAUUUUGGCCCAUUUGAGAGGCCACGUUAAUGUUCGCUCUGUUUGGGGUUUAGGUGGGCGAGAAACGUUUAAUGAUUCGGUUUGUCUUACUUUGAUCUUAAAACAUUGGCGGACAAAUAAUGGCCUUUUUUGUGGCAAACCAAUUAACUAACUUACCAAAAGACGAUAAAAACUUCAACGAAUCCGUAAUGUGCAAUGUAGAAGUAUAAUAUUAUUUUUUCCUCGUUUCUUCAGGUUUCGGCACAUUCAGAAGUGACUGACUACAGGUUUUUUAUCAGAAGCAUUGUGCGACAUUCGGACUUCAUCACCAAGGUGACAUUAAUUUCCACGAUGUCUUUUGGAUACCUGUUUAUGCCUUCUUUAGGUGGAUUAUGGGAACUCUAAGCUUGAAUGUAAAAACAUUUCUGACGAUCGAAACAUAUGAGAACGUAUGAAGAUGCACGGUCUAGGGCUGCGUGAAUUGUCAUAGGACGUUUACAGGCUAUUUAGAUUUUGUUGGCGGCAAAUUUUUCUCGUGAUACAUCGGUGAGUCUACUUUCACUUACUGGCACUUUACUUUUCUUAUACCUUUUGUUUUAUUUCGGCGUGCUGUGUAGUUUUAUAUAGUGUUGCAUACGUCUGUUAAACCUUUUCCGGCCGUCAGGAUGUAGUGCCACGUUAGAUUAUAAAUAAAUUUCCACGCUUUUUUCACUGAGUUGGCUUCAAUCCCAGGGUGGGUUUGUAGUAGUUUUUCUUUGCCACUCUAAGAACCUUUUAAGUUGUAGUUUUAGGUACAAUUAAUGUAUACAUCUACAUCAGGUGACUGAAUGGCUAAUCCUUAAUUACUUACUCGCACUGAAUAGAUGUCUCGUGUCAGUGAAGAGUCAGAGUAAGUACUUACUAACUGCUCUCUUACUUUUUAGGAAGCGUCAUUUGAAUACAUGGAGAAGGAGAGUGAGAUCCAGCUGCUGGAAUCUCUAGAUCAGUUGGAAGUUUGUUUUUCAGAAACCGUAGGUUUCACUUUGCAUUGUAUUUUUUAUUAGUUAAACCUUUUGUUUAGUGAAGAUCUUUUAAGCUCAGAUUAUAUAUCAGUGGGGCUAAAAUGCCUUGAAAUUUUCCAGGAUUGCCAAGGAAAGCUGUCGCCGUUUAUCAGUUCCACGAGUGUAUCGGCAGUUUGUCUCCUAAUAAACUUUGAUAUCGAUACUGCGAUUACUGUUAAUUCGAUGUUAUUCGUUCACAGGCCAAGAGAACAGACUGCAAUCACAUUUUCCUGAACUUUGGUCCCUGUGUCAUCAUUGAACCUAACAGGGUAAAUAAAUGAAGACGAUUCAAAUGUUUUCAAAACAUUCAGUAGAAAUGCUACAGAAAUGCAACGGUGUUGUUGUUGUUGCUUUUUCCCUUUAGAUUGAGGAAAGUAUCCGGCAUAUUGUUACCCGGUAUGGAAGACGAUUGUGGAAACUGCGUGUCCUUCAAGCUGAAAUGAAAGUCACGAUCAGGUAAUAAUAACGCCAGACUGGUUUUGACAGUCAAGAAAUUCCUUGCUGCUUGUCUAAAAGGCGUGCUAGGUGCUAUUUUGCCUAAAAAAGGCGUUGGAUAAACUUGUUAGAGAGAAACUUGCUUUGGGUUGAUAGAUGCAUGCAGAACUUUUUUCAAGAAAGUCAUGUUGCAUUGUUAUCGUACCUCGGGUACCAAAGAUCUUUUCCUCGCGUGCGGGUUGAUGUCGGCCGUGGGCCGACUAUAAAGCCUGUCCGCAACCGGAAACCGCGCAUGAAAAGUCUCUGGCACCCAAGGUAGUCGUGCCGAGAGAACAGCGAAAAAUCGUAGAUUUGCAUAGUGAAUUUCGAGAAUGAAAACCAUAUCCUCAGCCAAGUUCCCCUCAGUCUACGGCACGACCCUCGUCAACUCUGCGUUGCAUGCGGUUGCCUCUUUUAACAAUUAAAAUAGCUACAGGGAAACUACUUGUGAAUCCGUCUUCAAGAUAACCUAACAUUUCUAUGCUAAGAGUCAAUAGUAGACCAUCUUUACAUUGUCCUUCUAUACUUAUGCAAAAAGCGAUCUGUAUGGUGUUUCUGUACGAGAGAAAUGGUUUGUAUCCUCACAGUCUCAUGUCUAACGUAACGCUAGCAUAAUUACGUACAUACGCACAUUUUUAGUAGACAAGCCUGGCUAACAUUAAUUCUUUUAUUUUAUUUGAACGUUCAAGGCUCACUCCCACUGGAAAGAAGAUUCCUCUUCGUAUGUUUAUUUCGAAUGAGUCUGGGUACUACCUGGACUUCAAUAUUUACAGGGAGGUAGUGGACUCAAGAACAGGACAGGUAUUAAAAUAAAAUGAGGCAUCCUAAUGAUGAACAGUUACUGCGUUUAUAUAAUUUUACACGCAACAACUGUUACAAUUAUUCGCGUUCUGUUCCCUUAGAAUUGAAAUUCCUGUAAAUCGUUUUCAUAUACCAUGAACAGGAACCUUCUUGCAUCUAAUGUCCCAUUCACACCAACGAAACAUGUUUAAUUAAACCAGGCUCUAAAAGUUAAAAGAAAUACAGACACGGCAAACUGAAACACAGGUUUUCACACAGGAUUCAAAUAAAUUCAACAUCUUUUGUAAUUUGCGCUAAAUUUGCAAUCAACUUGAGUCAGUAAGCAGCUCAUAUGAAGGAAACAAUUGUAAAUUUUGUUAACUAAGCAGCUUGUAAACAUGUUUGGGCUAUACUGGAUAGCUCUUGCGCUGGUACUAACACCGUAUUGGUUAGGGCUUCUGUUCACACAUGAGAACGGUGAUGUCGGCGCGGUUCCUGCAACGGUGCGAAUUAGCUACGCCGCGCCGAUCCUCAGAGUGGAUCGUCACAUAUCGGGUAGGUUUCUGUGCCACUCUCAAAGUGUUCAAGCUAUACCGAAUAGCUUUCAUUUCGACACGCAAAACUACCCGGUAUAGUGUGGACAUUGCCUAGCCCCCGUACGGCGUCUCUCGGUCAUUGCAUUUGGGUGACGAAAACGCGCUCGGACCACGUGACCCGAAACGCAUCGGCCGCGCGCAAUAAUGAGGCCUAGGGACUAGGCAAGUGUAGACACAGCCUUAGUUUGCGUGGCGUUGUCCUAUAGCGAGGUCCUUUGUAAUUUUUAACAGAUGGUGUUCGAGUCCUAUGGCCAGAAGCAGGGGCCUCACCAUGGACUUCCAGUCAACACGCCAUACGUCACAAAAGAUCAUUUGCAGGUAUUCAUGUUCAAGGAUUGUGUUUAAAUACUUUUUUACUGUUGUAUGUAACAAAGAUAAACUGUUAAAUACGGGAUAUGGAAAAUUAAAAAUGAGUGGUUUUUGCUAACAAAGCGAAACAAGCUAGGUUUAAAAAUCGUUGAUUAUCGUUCUCGUAAACUCUUUCCUUUUGACAAACAUUGAAACACAUUCGAAGGAUGUUUACAGGAUCUUUAUCUUUGACUCCCUCGGUUUUUUUGUUUUUGAAGAAUUCAUCGCAACACCGCGUUGCAUUUAUUUUUUAAGUUUACAGUAAUGGAGGGAACUUAAAUGGGUAUCUGGUCACCUCGCCAUCAAACCAUCUCGCCACCAAGGAUAGAACUUAGUUUAGCAUUGGUUUGAACCUUCAUGAACGGAAAUUUCUUAACCGUUACUUUAUUUUCCUAUUUCAAAGAACCUAUACAUGUAUUUUUAGUAUUUUCAUUAUCAACGUUCGACGCAAGGAUCGUCAAUAAGGAUCGACAUAUUUGUAUUUGGGUCGGCUUUAAAUUCGAAAAAGCUUGAUGAAACAGUAAAAAUCUUAGGUAAGUAAUCCUAGGUAUUAAACUGUGUCAAUUAUUUCAGAGUUAUUCGUUGGUGGUGAGUCGACUUUUUGGUGGCGAUUUCGUUGGUGGUGAGAUAACCGUAAGCCCUUAAGUGUUGUGUACUAAAAGACUCCGCCUACGAUCACGUCGAUGCGACAGUUUAUUAUUAUUAGAUUUAUUCUUAUUUUUGGGAGUUAAGAUGACCCAUCAGGUCCGCAUUUAGAUUCCUUGCGCGACGCAAAAAUUUGAGUCAUUUCAUUAGUAUGAUUAAUGGUGAAUUUUGUCUUUUAGCUAAAACGUUUUGCAGCUCAAUCUCUUGGUACUACCUACGUGUACGAUUUUCCUGAGCUCUUUAAACAGGUGAGAAGUGGUUUAAAGAAAAACUUUGUUUUGUUAAAAAUUGGAUAGUUAAGACUGCUACUAAGAAAGAAAGCUGUUUAAGGGAUGUUUUACAGGUCAAAAUUAUAUUCAGGUUAAAACUUUUAACCUAGUUUGAUUCUCAAUUUCCUUUGUCUCCUAAUUCAAGAAAAAACGAGGAGUAGGAGACAAAGGAAAAUGAGAAUCAACCUAAGUUAAAAGUUUUAACCUGAAUAUACUUUUUACCUGUAACAGAUGUUUUAGUGUCGUUCUUCAAUUAUCUCUUUUCAUUCAGUUUUUGUUUUCCUUUUUCCUUCUUACCAUAUCCAAACAAAGUUCAAAUAAGUAUACAACUGAACCACAACACUUGUUCGUACUGACUAACGCUACCGUGUACAACACAGUGAUAAUAUUAAAAAAAAUAAUCGCAGCACUAGCGGCUUGUGAUGUACAUAGCUAGUUUAUUUUUACAUAGUAUUGCACCUCGAUUUGUUACAUGGACGUAUUCACGUUUCUAUUAGGAGGGUUCUUAAUGUGUCUCUUGUUGUUUAUUUUUAUUUUUUAUUUUUCAGGCCAUUCUGAAGCAAUGGAAGCAAUGGUGCACCGAACGCAAGGAAAAAUUUAAUCAGUCCAAAGAUGUCGUAAGCUUGAUCUUCACUUUUUUGCCACAUCACCCUAACCUUGGUUAAACUAAGAUGUUUUGUGUAUCAUGUCGACACGGUCUUGUUAACGUUUCUUUUCACAACCUUUGAUCAUUGUCUGAUUCAGUGUCUGUUGGUAUUUACCUUUUACAGUUAGUUUCAUAGCUACUUCUUUUUUUUCUACUGUAAUUUAUGUUACUUUUUUUUCUCCGUUGUUCUUAGUUAUUUAGCUGUUAACUUCGUCUCAAGCUUUAUUCAAAAUAUUGUUAAUUGUUGUAAACUUGCCCCCUCGUUAGCCUGCGAGCAAGCUCUGCUAUUUGGGCAAGCGAAGGGAGCCUCGCGAGAACGCGCUAACCUGCGAGCAAGCUCUGCUAUUCGCGGCUUCGUCGCUCCCUCGCGCGUUCUCGCGAGACUCGUUUAACUCGCCCAAAUAGGAGAGCUUGCUCGCAGGCUACCCCCUCGUCAAACAGCGUACUGGCAAAUUCCUAUGGACGAGCAUCAAAAACCUUUUUGAAGGCAGAAUGUAUAAAGAUUGUUGGUGUUGAUUAAGCGGUCUUGAUUGAAUGUUAUUAUGUUUACGAGUUGCUUCUGAAGGCAAGUUUUCGUUUGUUUGUUUUCAAUUUCAGAUAAAAGUGACAGAGUAUGUUUUGGAUGAGAACGAUCAACUGAUGCCAAUGAACCGACUGCAUGGAGAGAACACUGUAAGUACUGGCAACAUCUUCUUCACUUUAGAACAGUAAUGUAGGAGCUGCUGGUAAGGUGGUCCCUCAUUGGUCGCAGAAAACAAUAACACAUCACAUGAACCCUUUAGAAACGAGAAGGGAAACUGGGCCGACUUAACUGUGGUAAUGACUUCUGGGAUUGUUACGGAGGACGCGCUGCUCAGCUAUUGGUCAAUUUUUCCCCUGUCCCCAGUAACCGUCCCAGAAGUCUUUGCGAAAGUUAACUCGGCCCAGUUUCCUUUUAGUUUCUCAAGUGAUGAACUCCCUUUUGUCUGAAUGAGAUACUUUAGUAAUAAAAUGGCACCCGUCUGUUUACAAAAUGGUGCUUUGAGCAACGAGGGGAAUGUAUAAUUGAUUUUCCAAGGUGUGUGCAAACGAUAGUCUGGGCCAAGUUGUUCGGAAGCCGAAAUCCGGGUUUCCUUUUUUUUUAUCCAUUCUCUUUAGAGCAUCCUGUCAUUCAAUUGUAGACAAAAAGAAUUAGACUAAAUUUACUUUUAUAGCCUUCAUUUCUGAGUUUUAAUUUCGCACUAAUCCUGGGUCAUCUUAACCCAGCUUUGAGCAACUCGUCCCUGAGGUUUUUGAACGAUUUUCCCCAAGUAAUAAUAAAAAUAGUGAGUUUACCCAACAGGACGGCAGGAAGAAGGGGACGGCAAAACGCUUUUGUGUGACAAACGUGACUUGGCUAUUACUGGCGUGUUUUGUCGUGAUCUUCAUUUAAAAUUAAUGUUUUCUGGUCUUUACAAAAUGAUCCGUUUAAAGGAAAAUGAAGUUUGGCGAAAAGUUAUUUCAGACAAAAUUAUUGUCAUGCUUGUCACACAAUGUUGGCCGUCUUCGUUCCUCUCCCGUACUGUUGCGUAAGUUCUCUAAUAUCAAAUCUGAAAACGUCGGGCUUUACGUUGAGUCAAUUUCCACCCUAUUUGUCGUUUGCCUAAGACACUUAAGCAUACAACGCAUCUGUUUGCAUACAACGUCUCUUUCUGGUUUAUUUAGAUUGGCAUGAUAGCGUGGAAAAUGGAGUGCGUGACACCAGAAUGCCCAAAAGGACGACAGGUAAGCGUGACAUCAGUUUUAACUUGGACAAACACCAUAUGUUACAUUCAAGUGCAAAAUAUCCAAUCUGUUUAGUUUUGUUAUCUCUUGUUUCUUUCCCUAUCUUUCUGUACCGAUAGUGGGAGAGGAAGUCGGACUUCGUCUCCCUUUUCUCCUUCGCUUUUUUCUCCCUCCCCCCCCUUCCCCUUUUUUGAGCCUGACACGCACGCUAGAUUGACGUCGUUUGUUUUCCUUCGCUUCUUUAGAUCAUUGUGGUAGCUAAUGACAUCACUGUUAUGAUUGGCUCAUUUGCACCACAAGAAGAUAUGCUGUUCAAGGUACUCUUUGUAUAUGUUUGAUCUUUUAUGCUAACACCCACGCGAGGUGACUUAGAUCAAAUGCCACUUGACAAAUGUGCCUCUCGCUUGAUCGGUUACAUGUAUGUACUUUAUUCACAGACUUGCAGCAUUACAAAUUCUUGCUUAGUCGGAGACUUUUGGAAACCAUUUGUUGGCUGUCUACGUUCGCGAAGACUCUAAAAGCAAACAGGGUCAUGAUGAGCGCGACUCAUCUUAAAAACAGCGUUCUUUUAGGUCCCUAUUUGAGUGUUCCUAUUUUCAGCCUACUCCUCGCAUUUUGCUUCGGUGAGCACACCCAAUGAUACAAGGUCAAGUCUUGGGUGGAUAGUUUUAUUCACAAGAGUGUGGGAGCGGUCUAACUACAAUCCUGGACAAACGUCCUUGGGACAGUACUGCGAGUACUUUUUUGUGUCGCUUUUACUCCUGAAGAAGGACACAAUACUCUUUCACAAGGAUGGGCAAAGAAAGAGUCAAGUUUUCUAAGAUACUCAUCUCACUGACGCGAUGCAUUAUUUGUUUCAACACGUCGAUUUUACGAUCGUUGUUAUUUCAGAGAGCUUCAGAACUGGCGAGAUCUCAAGGUCUUCCAUUUCUGUACCUCUCAGCCAACAGUGGAGCUCGUAUUGGUCUCGCUGAGGAGGUGAAGCAUCACUUCAAAGUGGCCUGGAAUGAUCCUCUUGCUCCAGAGAAGGUCCGAUAAGUAGUAUUUCACUGAUUUUUUAUGGUUAAAAAUUAAUGCUUUAUGCCACAACACAAAAAUGGAAACGAAAGUAGUGUCAGUAUAUUUGCUGGGAAGUGCUUAUUUGGACCCUGUAACAGGGAUACAGCCACAUACACGUCACAACUUCUGGGCAGCUGGCCAAGUUGUUAGUUAUCAACUUCGUGGUCGCGAAUUUGGACGUGGGUCUGUCCGCAACUUCGUUGCAAAUGCAUAUACUGGUCAGAGAGGGCCUCUGGUUGGUACGUGCAAGUCGACCGACCUGAGAACUGCACAACUGUUCCCCUGAUACCCCAGUAAUACACCGGUAGUACAAAGUGUUUUUUUAAAUAUGAAGCUGAGUUAUAAGCCCUUCACAUUCGUAGUAUUUAAAGGCAUUGUGAACCCUGACUAGGUCUCUUGUCUUUUUGGACCUGGCAGAUGUGUAAUUCAACAAAUUAUUAGCAAUCAUAAGCUAAACAUGAAUGGUGUAUUUCAGUGAAACGCUGUAAAUGAUUUCUAUAGAACAUCAGCUCCUGAGACGAUUCUGUGAGUGAAUCGGUUUUAAUGUUCUUUUAACAUUUGUUAUUAUAGGGUUUCAAGUAUCUGUACGUCACUCCCAGUGACUUCAAAAAGGUGAGAGUGAUUCUUAAGAUCUUUCUAGCAGUCGGUAUCAGCCACUGAAACUAUUGCGCGCCCAUCUUCAGGCAAUCAGCCUUUUUCCGCUGCAGUGCUUGCCGUGUUGCUUCAUUUGUGUCCUGUUUCUUCCAGUUAAGUGCCUCUAACUCCAUGCACGCAGAAUUGAUUGAAGACGACGGCGAGUCAAGAUACAAAGUCACCGAUAUCAUUGGUGAGUGAAUUGUAACCUUACAUUCCCCUUGUGUUUCUUGCAGUUUUGUACACAGGGUUGUCAUUGUGUUUCUGGCCCCCGGCAGUUUUGGAAAAUAGAAGAAAAAUAGGACCAAAAGAAAUUCCUAGCCGUUUGAUUCCCCGCCUACUUGUUGUAUUUACCCGGCAACUUGAAAUCUUAGUGACAACCCUGGUACAUGAUUUAAAAUUUUCCCUUGUACUUCUGAUAGUUAAGUUUUAACAAGAUAAAAGUUGUGCUUGUUCUCUCAUUUGGUGCGUAAUGCUUGUUCUUCAAGGUCGAGAUGAUGGUAUUGGAGUGGAAAAUCUGAAAGGUUCUGGAAUGAUUGCAGGAGAAAUGUCUGCAGCUUAUGAUGACAUUGUCACAAUUAGUCUUGUUAGUAACCUGUACAUUUUUUUAAAUUCAAUAUAACUCUUGUCACUUUGAACACAGUUUAAUCAGAACAGGUCAACUGUAAUUCUCAACAGCUUUUGUACUUUUCUUUUGUACUUUUCACGCUCUUUGUUAUCUUUGUAAAAGCUAAAACGUGUUUCCCCAUCAAUUGAAUUCGAAAAAUAAUGUUCCACUUUUGUCUGUUGCCACGGAAGACAAAGAUGGACGUGGAUUAAAGCUUGAAAAAAAUCGCCAAAAAAAUUCAUACCUUCUUCCUAACUCUGCAGGAGCAUUUUGUAUUUGUGUAAAGGCAUUAAGCAAUGACUUCAGCACAGAAUUGAUCUAAAUGUCACGCAAUAUCUUCGUGACAUAGUCCCUUUAAGCAUUGAAACCAUUAGCUCUAGCAGAUUCUAAGGCCGUUCUUAGGCUUUAAGAACAUUUCUUGCCGUUUAGUAGGUAACUUCUCAUCUGGGAGUUAUCAGUGAAAACUUAAAUUGAGAAAUUAUUCUUUGGUUUGUCAUUACAGGUGACGUGUCGAGCAGUGGGUAUUGGUUCGUAUCUGGUUCGUUUGGGUCAGAGAGUUAUCCAAGUUGAGAAUGCGCAUUUGAUUCUUACUGGAGCAGGGGCUCUCAACAAGGUGAAUGAACUUAACAUCGUGUUGUUUUGCUUGUAGAUGGUAGAAGUGUUGAUACGUUUAGUCUUAAACUGUGUGGAUGUUGUCCUACUUUAAGUAUCGCUUCGAUUUGGAAGUUAAUAUAGAUGACGUAAUAAGGGCCCCAGAAAAGUCAGGUCAUGGUAGGGCUGGCCAUAAAUGUGUCGAUAUGCGUUGGUAUAAGUGGUGUAGUAACCAGCGAUGACCCUGCGACCUUCGAAAGGAACCGUACCACCUUCCUUAAACUCUCACGAACCCUUGUUCAUUCCCUUCGAACCCCUUUGAUUUAGGAGUAAUACACUAUCGAGAAAAUAGCUUACCACAAGUAGCUCUUGUCAACCCGAGAAUAUUGCAGUUAAGCUAUGAUAUAGCCACGACUAUUUCUCGCAAGCUUGUAAAAUUUUUGCCGGUUAAAGUAAGCGGAUUAUAAGCCUAAUUAUUGCGCGUCUUUUUGAGCUUAGGUUCUUGGUCGACAAGUGUACACAUCAAAUCUUCAGCUUGGAGGACCGCAGAUUAUGCACAAUAAUGGUACGAUGAAGAUAGGGAACUAAACAAAGAACAACUAGCCUUUUCUAGGCGUUCAGAUAGUGGAGUGCGGCGCGAAGUAAGAAAGCGCGGGAAUAUAAGAAGGAGAGAGGGAGAGGGGAUCUCACCCCCUACCCCACCCCCCUCGCUGCUUUUUUCUGCUCACAACUAGCCUUUUCCAGGCGUUCAGAUAGUGGAGUGCGGCGCGAAGUAAGAAAGCGCGGGAAUAUAAGAAGGAGAGAGGGAGAGGGGAUCUCACCCCCUACCCCACCCCCCUCGCUGCUUUUUUCUGCUCACAACUAGCCUUUUCCAGGCGUUCAGAUAGUGGAGUGCGGCGCGAAGUAAGAAAGCGCGGGAAUAUAAGAAGGAGAGAGGGAGAGGGGAUCUCACCCCUACCCCACCCCCCGCUGCUUUUUUUCUGCUCACAACUAGCCUUUUCCAGGCGUUCAGAUAGUGGAGUGCGGCGCGAAGUAAGAAAGCGCGGGAAUAUAAGAAGGAGAGAGGGAGAGGGGAUCUCACCCCCUACCCCACCCCCCUCGCUGCUUUUUUCUGCUCACAACUAGCCUUUUCCAGGCGUCCAGAUAGUGGAGUGCGGCGCGAAGUAAGAAAGUGCGGGAAAAUAAGAAGGGAGAGAGGGUGAGGGGCUCUCACCCCCUACCCCACCCCCUCGCUGUUUUUUUCUCUUCACAUCUCUUCGCGACGUCCCCACGUUGGAACGCCUUGAACAGGCUAACAAGGAUCAUUUUGCACUCUGAAUGUUGCAAAGUCAAAACCAGUCAUAGCAGUAUGCAGUAUAUGUUCACGUGAACUUAUUUUAAUGGCGUCAGUUCCCAUGGGGGUCCCAUAGGUCAGCGGUGGAGCAAUCUAGACCAGUAACCAGAAGGUCACAGGUUUGUCUCCUGCAGGGUGAAGUCGGAUGUUCUUUCCGAGUCGUCCUUCUUACUAACUGAAAAAGUAUCUCGAAACCGAACUAUUUACUAAUUCCUAUUAGUAUUACGAUAGACAAAACGUCCCAAUGCGUUGACUAACCAAACGUGACGUUUACUUGGCAAAGUAAGAUCCAUUAACUGAAACAACAAAAGUAAAUAUCAAAAAUUAAAGGUUUUUCCCAAUAUUCGUGGCAGCUGAGGUUAAAAACUUUAAUGCUGGUAAUUAUUCUAGGAGUGACGCACAUGGUAGUCCCGGAUGAUUUCGGAGGAAUUUGCGCAAUCAUGCAGUGGCUGUCGUACGUUCCAAAGGUAAGAACUAUGAGGUCUGAGAAGUGAUGUAACGCAUCUAUUCCAAGUCUUCCACCAAGAAAACAGCAGUAGGUGUAAGUUAGCCACGAAAAUGACGCACAGCGGUAUAGAAUGUGUUUUGAGGUAAUCUGAUUUACGGGAGGUUUACGUAACAGAUGCAGAUACGUGCCAAAUUGUUGUUCAUCGCGGUUUACUGCCAAUAGGAAACAGGCUACAACGAUUUUGUUCAUAGUUCCCCGAGAUAAGUGCGGCACAACCUGUAAGACCUGUGAAGACUAUAAGACUGUGAGGCUCACCUUAAACAAACAUGAAGUAAGCGUCAAAGCAAACUUGCUAAAAGUGUCAAAUCACCUUUAAAAACUAAAGAAUGUGUUAAUGUCAUCUCACAAACUUGAAUUCUUUGUUUAUAGUUGGAUAAUAUGCUUAUAAUUCGUGCUUCUAUCACUUUUGCAGUGCAGAAACGGUCCUCUGCCAAUCAUUGAAUCCAGUGAUCCUGUUGACCGGGAAGUGGACUUUGUUCCUCCAAAAGCGCCGCACGAUCCCCGACAUUUCAUCUGCGGGACCCUACAUCCUGGUAAGAACUUCUAAUUAGAUUUUCAUCAUUAUAGCUUGAGUUAUGACUCCACAACAGUUGAUUCAUUGUGUAAUGCUAAGAUUGUCAUGGACUGAGUUUUUUUUUUCCUUGCAGAAAACAAAGGUGUGUGGCUGAACGGCUUUUUCGACCGCGGUUCUUUUGUUGAGACAUUGGAUGGGUGGGCGAAGACAGUUGUGUGUGGACGAGCAAGGUAGGGACCGGUUUAGUGAAACUUUACAAAAAGAAAAAGAGUCAGACCUCGAUAAAGUUAAAUGAGAAUAGAAUUCCUUCUUAGUCGCUUUUUCUACUUCUAACUCAGGAGUUUUCGAACCGAUAGUACACCUCUUGUGUUUUACGUAUUUUUUUUUUCAUAUGUUUGCUUGUUUCUUGUUAUCUAAGACUAGGUGGUAUUCCAAUGGGAGUGAUUGCUGUGGAAACCAGAGCGGUUGAAGUUGUUAUUCCUGCUGAUCCGGGAAACCCUGAGUCUGAUACCAAGGUAGGAAAUUAUGAUUUCUUCGUAUUAUUCCUAAAAAGACCACUUGUUGUUGGUAAAUUGACGCUCGUUAACUUGCUUUGCGUUUGUUGUAGAUAAUCACGCAGGCAGGUCAAGUAUGGUACCCAGACUCCGCUUUUAAAACGGCUCAAGCCAUCAAUGAUUUCAACAAAGAGCAGCUGCCACUGAUGAUCUUUGCAAACUGGAGAGGUUUUUCGGGAGGUGAGAAGAAUUCGUUACUGAACAUGGAUACUGUGCUAACAAUUAAGUAGUGAGUGGGAUACACAAUAGAAAAUUCCUAAGUCUGCGCGUGGAAGCUAAGAAUCGGCGGUUUAACUUAUCCCCAGUCUUUUAGCCACUCAGAGCUUUAAAGCAAUUGUGGCCAGAGAUUUCUUCGACGUCUUUUUCCCAUCAAGAUCAAUUAAUAGACCACGCCAGAUUGGAGAUAUAAUAUUCUGUAAUUUAAUACUGAUUUUAUAACGUACAAAGGGCAUACAUAGCCUAUCAUUGUAGAUCGUGUUAAGCGCAUAAUAAAUCGCUUCAGACAAUUCUAAAGUAACAAUGGUGGGUCUCGUCUUUUACUCUCACUUCUGACUGAACUUUUAACGCUGAUUGUUUGUGCAAAAUGUUGAACUCUUAACCUUUCGUCCCAUUGGCUCGAAUUUAGCAUUAACUUUACUGGGGGCCGAAAUAUCUUUGUAAUUCCGCCCAUGAGUAAAAGGAGGUCGCAAAGUAACUCAAUAAUUACGAAAAUUAAUAACUUUUGUUCCACCAUCAGGAAUGAAAGACAUGUACGAAAGCGUUUUGAAGUAUGGCGCGUACAUUGUUGAUGCUUUGAGAGAAUAUGAACAGCCUGUGUUCAUUUACAUUCUCCCAAAUGGAGAGCUAAGAGGAGGGGCCUGGGUUGUAGUGGACCCGACUAUCAAUCCUGAUGCCAUGGAGAUGUACGCUGACCAGGAGAGUAGGUAAGGACAAGCGUCUCAUUUCUCGACGGCUCGACCUGUAUUACCCGCUCAGCCUCUUCGUCUAAUGGUCUCUUAAAUGUACUCAGCAAAACUGACAAAAUGCUUGACGACGAACUAGCCUCUAUACAGAUCUUGUGAUAGGGGUGCCGCUGUACACGGAUUACACCAAAAAAUAAUUGUUUAGGCCACUAGUAGAACAGAAGACGAACCCAAAGGUUUGAGUUGUAAUCUCACUACAUCUGGUGUUUAUUUCUUAGGGGUGGAGUCCUUGAACCUGCUGGUACAGUGGAAAUCAAGUUCCGUCGCAAGGAUUUGGUGAAAGCCAUGCACAGACUGGAUAGCAAGUGCCAGGAAAUUGCAAAGGCUCUCGCGUCGUCAGGUAUUAAACGAACAUGUUGGUUUUGAUAAUGACGUCAACAACUUUUGUCUUGUUGCUCAUUUGUUUAAGUCUCUUAGUAAAACGCUUCUUCCCAAAGAAAGUCAGAUUCUUAGUCUUAGGUUGUUUUACAUUUAUCUUAAUCAUCAAUCAAGAUAGAAUUAGCGCCUUUUGGUUUCCUUAAACCAAUUGAAUGUAGUCGCAUUUAACUUUCCCUUGAACGUUUCCCCAAAGCUCUUGAGGAGAGGAACCAUUUUCCUUGCUCUCAUAACUCUGUGGAUGUCAACUUUUACCUUUUAGGGCCUCGUUUAAUCUGUCCUUUAUUUGACCUAUGAAUUGUCUUUUGUUUUAGAACUGCCUGUAAAAGAACGCAAAACUCUAGAAAGACAGCAGAAGGAACGAGAGGAGCUACUUUCGCCCAUUUAUCAACAGGUAAUUCAACGUUUUCUGUACCUUUCAGGGCUCUGAAUGGUAGGAUUUUGUCCUGUUUGCAGAAAUAAAUCGGUUUUUUACAGGUGGGCCAGGCAAUCACGUAGGAUGCGUGUGUGCGGUGUUCCGUUUGUUUGCUGCCCUUUUAGCUAGUUUUUGUUUUUUGUUUUCUCUACAAGUGUUUUUUGUUUGUUUUUUUUUUGUACCACAAUUUCUACCUCCAUCUGAUGUAAAAGAAGUCUUAUUUUGCUUUUUUUUACAUAUUUAUACAUUCGAAGCCUUUUUGUUAAUAAAUAUCGGUUUCCAGAACUCUUUAAAAAUUGCACGCGGAUUGUACAUAGCAAUUGGUUUUUCUCUGUAAGAAUUUUAAACGUUGGCAAAUGUUUCUUUUUUCCAGGUGUCGGUAGAGUUUGCAGACCUCCAUGAUACCCCAGGACGUAUGCAGGAGAAAGGAGUUAUUUCUGUGAGUAUCUGCCGUUACAAGUUUUCGUCAGUUUUCUUUUAAUAACAACUGAAACCCGUGUGAGUUUUAUGCUGAGGGGUACCUCGUACGUUUCUUGAUUGUAUCGUUUUUAGGAGGUACUCAAAUGGAAAGAGUCGCGUCAGUUCUUUUAUUGGCGUUUAAGGCGGAUCUUAAUGACGAGAGAUGCAAAGAACAAGAUCAGGGAAGCUAACCCGUAAGAAUACUUUCAUUGAUACCCUGCUAAGAUUUCUUUAGUAGAUGUUUAUAGUAUGUGUUAUGAUCAUCGUCAUUGUGAAUACACGAGGAAGUUAUUUUCCAUGGUUUCUGUUACCGGAGUAAAUAGUAAGCUCUUGUCCCAUCCCGAAUAGCGGGGAAUUCUUGGUUCACAACCAUGUGACAAGGCAGCCAUAUUGGUGUCAAUACAAGAGAAUUUUUUCUCGAAGAAUUUACCUGACUAUAGAGUUAAUUUCCCAGAAGAGAGAAAUACUUUUGUUCUUCCUCACCAACAUAGCCGUCAUGACGUCACUUGCAAACCAGUAACAAGUUAUCUACUUCUCCCUUCGAGUUUUGCGUCAGCAUUGCUCUGUGCGACAGAAAUACCUAUUAGAAGGGCUUAUCAGGGUGUUCUUAGUCUGCAGACUAUCGUGUAAAGUAGUAUAGGGCGGGUGUUUUAUUCUGGUUUCUUUCCUAUGAGACUUCUUGGUUUAGGAGGAAAAAUUGACGCCAACGUUGUCGUGGCCCAACACCUGUUGAUGUGCUUCCAGGUAUUUUAUCCACAGGACAGAGGCAAUAGCCAUAACGUCAUCACUUUCAAUGUUUACCUCCCUAAACUGAUGGGAAUCCUUGGUUGUAAAGAACGGGAGAUAAGCAUACGGUGUAUACUACUUAAAGGAUUUUGAUCACAUAUGAGGGUAGAAUCACCAUGGUACAACUUCUUGUUGAGUUGGUGUGUUCUCAAUUCAGAUUGACUAUUAUCGCCAAGGUAACACUAACUAAACUGUUUCUUGUGUUCCAGAGAUAUUUCAAGUGCUCAGCUGUGUUCUAUGCUGGAAAGACUGUUCUUGGAAGGACAUGGAAACACCAAGGUAUUUUAAAUAGGAUAAUACGCUGUAUCGGAAUAAACGGGGAAGAUUGUGAUGGCUUGGCAAAGCUUGCCAUAGUAUUUCUGGCUAUUUAUUUUGCAGAGUUUAAAGUUAAUACGUUAGCUGUUGAUGCGCACAAUAAAACAAGGGGAUAUAGAGAAGCUUUUACAGGCUGGGCUUACUAUUGUGCAAGGGGGUGUUAGGUUUUGAUAAACGAAUUAGGUGUUCAAACUGAUUUCUGUCUCUUCUGUCGAAGUCCUACCUGUGGAACGACAACAAGGCGGUCGUGGAGUGGCUGGAGAAAGAGUUGAAAGAAGAACACUCUGUUAUUGACGAGAAUGUGAAGUGGAUCAGGAGAGACUGGGUCCUUAGACAGGUUAAAACGUAAGUGUCACAGACAAAGUGGAGACUAUAUGUGAAGGCCCCAUAGCUACUUCUUGUACUGGGAAAACGCCUCCUAGGUGGACAAUACUAAUAGUCCGUACUUUGUACUCCCAUGUUGAGUGUGAAAAUAUGUACUUCAAUAAGCAAACGCGGGGAUGUAUUAGAUGAAUAAAGUGGCCUUACUUGUCUCCUGUUGAAGGCUUGUAAUAAAUGGACACUUUUGGUUAUAGACUCCGACCGAUGAUGGUAAUUUCAUUGUCCUUUGGACUAUUUAUUUCGUCUAUUCAUUGAAUUAAGCGAAAUUUGAAAAUCAUGUGAUGAUCAUGAUGAGAAUUUUAUCCUUACGCGAAUGAAAAGAAAACACCUUUGUUAUGAGAAAUAUAUUUGUUUUAUUUAACAGUACGUGGACACACACCAUUGGGAUCAAUCUUUAAGUGUCUACGUAGAGUUGUUCAGAUAAGCGAGGUUGUUGUAUUCGUCUGUCAUUGAAACCAUGAAAAAGUGUCCGCUUACGGCAGUGUCCGUUAGCAGAGGUUCCUCUAGGACCUUUCUCGUAGUAAAAUAUAGCUGGGCUGAGCCGUCUUUUAUUCAAGAAUGUAACUGUGUUGCACUUUGCCUACUUCUUAAAAGGCUUAGUUUUAUUCCAGCUAUAGUUAGUUAUACUUUACUCACUGUGUUAGACUUAUUGGAUCAGUAGCUAAGAGGUUGUUACCGUUUCAUCCAAUGCAGACUUGUCCAGGAAAAUCCUGAGGUUGCCAUGGACUCUAUUGUGCAUAUCACCCAGCAAAUGACUGCUGCAAAACGGGCCCAAGUCUCCAAGAUUCUGGCUGCAAUGGAUUCUGGUAAUGCCGUAGAGAACUCUAAUGGUGACUCUGCGAGUUAAAGUGAAUGCUGGAAUGAGGAGAGCUAGUGUUUGUCUCAGCAUGUAAAUCUCAUCACGGGGGGAUAUUGAUCUGCGACAGUAAUUGAUGUGCAACGCCGGAAUACAAUGAUCAGUGAAAACGCCCUCGUGGAAGACACGAGAACCGUUAGCUUACACUGGAGACAGUAAAAAAAAGAAUCCUAUUAAUUACUUUAAAUGCACUAAGUCGAGUCGCCAUAUCACUGAUAUGUACGACAGAAGUCAUCGGACGUCUUUCACCAACGUCAUAGAUUUUCAUCUCCCGUCAAACUAAGUUUGUAGGCGGCCCUAUGUACGUGUGACGUUUAUCGUUUUGAUUGGGUAAAUCGGGGAAGGAUUUCGCUAAACAAAGGGAAAUAUUUAUGGGUAACGAACAGCGAUUUUGUUAAAAACAUUAACUAAAAAAUGCAUCUUCAUGUCUUUAUUCCCUUUCUCCAUUUUUGAUGUGGGUAACGUUUUUUGCAUGCUUUGAAGUGGGACCGUCUCUGGAAAGUCCGCGGUGCCUUUAUGGGCCCAAAGGGAAAUUUUCGCAGCAGAACAUAAACGUUAGAGUUGGGGUCCGAGCUCCCAUUCCUUCCCACUUUCUAUUAUUAACAGAGAGUUUUAUUCUAUUACUUAGAGCCUCGAUCUUAAAUGUCAACAUGGCAAAUACAGAACAGGGGACUUUCGGGGGACGCCCCCCAAUUCUCCCGUCCCCCCUAGGGGAGGGAUAUUAAGGAAUUCCUUUGACACAGUCAUUUCGUAUUUAAGGUAUAAUGGGAGGGUUUAUAAAAAAAGUGAACAAAGGCAACUCGUCUAGAUAAAUGAAGGGAUAUUGACAACAUUUCAUUGGAAUGAUACCGGGCAUAAACGUAAAUG